GGUCUGGGCUAGUAAAAGUACUUCGGGUGUGAGAGCUGUACUGACAACACGUUAUAUUUCACCUGGAAUCUGUAAGUAGCACUUUCAAUUUUACCCUGAUCAAAGUUUGCUCUGGCAUGGCUGGUAAAGGGACAUUUAGAUUGUUUGGUUCAACCCAAAGCCCCUGAUGUCUUUUCUUUGCCUUUACUAUGAUUACAUUUUAUAAUAACAAAUAUGGCUCAAGUUUUCUGGGAUUUUUAAUCCAAAAUACAGCCUGAAUGUUCUAGGUAAUUCAGGUUAUUUGGAUCUUUUGAUUAAUGGGUAGUUUCUCAGGACUUCAUGGUAAUUCAGCAGAUUAUUAUGUUGUCCCGGAUAAAUAGAAAUAAUCUUAGGGUGCGUGGAAAGAUUCUAAAGGCUCUUGGGUGAACAGAAAGAUUCCCACUAUAUAAAACAGAUUCUCAGAGUAAAUGGACAUUUUUGGUUACGCAAAGUGAACUGGAAGGUUUGCGGCGUGAAUGGUAGACUCUCAAGGUCUUGGGGUUAAUAAGUGGAUUCUUAGGGUUACUCAGCCUGAAAUAGACUCGUUCACAUUCUUCACUAAUUUUUUGCUAUUUGAACCUCCCCAAUUGGUCCCUUCCUAAAAGGUGUACACUUACUCGAAUACAGGCAACUGAAUAUCUUUCAAUUUUUGCAAGCUGGAUUUUUUAUGAGUACCAGUAUUAAAAUAGUUAGCUUUCUACAGGUGACACGUUACAGCUUACAUUUGUGUUUUCUAGUCAUAUCCGGAUCAGCCACCCUUUAUACAUAAAAUGGGACUGUUAUUACAAUGGUUUAACCCUUGCACUCUUCAAGAACCGUAACGAGGAAUGAUGAGGAAAGGAUCUGUCGUUAUGAAAAAUAUCUGAAAAUUUCUGGUCUGCUCCCCUCAACCUUUUAAAAUGUUAUUUUACUUAUCUGAUCUCUACGCUUUUAUUUCUACAUCUCAGUCUCCCAAACAACUAAAAAUAUACUGGCUUAAUGCAUUCAGUAUGUAUGAAAUAUACCAUAUGCUGAAAUUUCCAGACAAUAGGUACUCUGUUUCGUAAAACUCCCCUCUCCACACCCCCUCUCUUCUGUGUGCUCAUUUUCCCUGCCUUCUUCCUGACUUGGGGCUGCUGAGUGACAGAGGAGAGCUCAGGCUGUGAGGCAGAAUGUAUACAAAUGUGUAUGAGUUAAGGCAGCCAGCUCACUCAGGAUAGGUGAAAGUAUUGGAACAGGGGUUCCUUGUUAAGACAUUCUAGAAAAAGGUAAGUCUUUGCAUACAGAUCUCAGCAGAUCUAGAAAGAUUGUAUUCUAAAUAGUAUUAUAUUGACAGCCUUGAUAGUUGCACAGAACAUAAACACUAGGAUAAACGUUAUAGGCAACAUUGUGCACUCCAUGUGCUGUGGACUACAUUUGACAUGAUGUUUAUCCAAUUGGGGUCAUAUCGUGUACCUACCUAUAGCUUGCUGCACAAGAAAGUUCACACAAUAGUAACAGCACACAUGCAGCACACAUGCAGCACACAGAAAUAUGAAAACUUCUCUGUGUGAUUAGAAGUAUAUACAUUUUUAACUUUUUUAAACCAGGAUUGCAGCAACAAUUUUUAUAUUAUUUCAGUGUAAUGCAUUAGUAAAUGUUUUGGGAAUAUAGUUGGGAUUUAGAAGCAAAAGUAGUUUAAAAAAAAAAAAAGAAAAGAAAGUAAACAGGAAAUGUCAGAAUAAAUCACUAUAUUAUGGGGUUUAUCUUUCACAAUGAUUUAUUGGACUGUUCAAUGUAACAUGUUGUUGGCUUGAGGCUUUGAUAAAUGAAUUUGAUUCUUGGGAUAUAGCCUGACUUCAUUAUGUAUCUCUGUACUCCUUGUUACCUGUGUUUUGGGGGAAAGCAGGUGUAUAUAUAUUAUUAAAAAAAUAUGAAAGAGAAAAAAGCAAAACUCUAUAUGUGAAGUUCCUACAUAUAAUAUGCUUGGCUUUUGUGUGUUUGUUCAUUUUCGUUACCUAUUCUAUAGUUAACCUGCAGUUUGUCAUACUAUGUUAUAAAAGAUAGAGGGGAAAAGAGAAGGGAGAAGAUAAGAAAAAUAGGGAGAAGAAGAAGUAGAUAAAAAAUGGAGAGAGAAGCUGUGGGAUGGAUGGAAUUAAUGAAUUACGGAUGGAUGGAUGGAUGGCUGGAUGGCUGGAUGGAAAAAUAAAUAGGUAUAUGUUUUCACUACUAAUGAAAAUUGCACACAUAUAUUCACUGCGUUUUUGAACAAUUUUAACCUUUUUGAGUAUUUGUGUGCAGAGUAUUGAUUGAUGUGUAUGAUCAGUAGCCUUUGCUAUCUACAGUACACUCAACUAAAUCAUGACUUAAAACUGUGAUACAUGUACAUACAUCAGAUAUAGUAUUAGUCAAUGUACAUACAGUGGUAUGUCAAUAUGUACACUAAUGUGUAUGGAUGGUGUGGUUAGGGUGGUUUAUGAUCUGGGAAAGAACAAGCUAUACAUACUAUUAUCUUGACCUUUGCUACUUCCAAAUUGUGCAAUGAUACAGCAAAUAUGCAGCCACUGAAUUAUUAAUUUUGUUAUGAUUUUAUUAUAAACAAGUUGCUACACCUACGUUAAGGGUUUAUAUGAUUUAUUUGAAGAUAUGUUGGUCUCCGAAUCUCUCAAUGUUUUAAGUAAAGAGUAAUUUAUGGCAAGUUCAUACUGCAGAGAGAUACAGGCAGAUGUGUUCUCUGUUGCACUGAUGGUUUAAGUGGGUUUCUGGAGUAAAGUCAUGAAAGUCUGACAUUGAUGGAUCUAGUGAUGUAGGAAAGAGUCGAUGCUAAUGGUGUAAACAUUGUAUAAGCCAUGGCAUGCACAUAGUCGUCCUUUUUGCAUAUGUCAUAAAACAAUAACCUUAAACCCCCCAAAAAGACACAGACACCAGAUUUAAAGUGGAUAAAAUAUCACUGCUUUAAUAAAAUAUAUAUAAUUAAAUAUAUAAAUAACAAAGUGGGUCAUUGCCAAACAUACCCAAUUUUAACAUAGACACAUAAAUCACCCUAACUUUUAACAGCACUGCACCCACUGACAAUGACCCGUAGCAUUUGCUAACAAUAAUUCACAUAACAAAAAUUAAUAACAUUACACAAGACACAGCCACAACAGGAAUCAUACUCAUUGCAGGGGUAUACUGAGAUACCCCUACACACCAAGGUUGAAAGCCACCUAUGGGCUCCAACCUACCAAUUAACAAAUUCAACCAUGUGAAUAUUGUUACCAAACUUCAAAACAUCACAGCUACCAAUCCUGCCUACCCCCCCCCAAUUUCUUAUCCAACCCCCGUCACUGUGAUCAAAUGAGAUAAAAGAAGAAAAUAAAAUACCCCAAUAAAUAAGGGAUGGAGGGUGGGACAACAACAGGUAAGUAUGGCUAAUUAAAAUGGACCCUAAUCAAAAAUGUCCAUUAUUAAUAUCUGAUUUCAAAUUAAGCCCUGCCCCCACAACAAGCUAACCAAUAAACACCCACCACUCCAUAUGCCUGCCUCCUAGCUCUGUCAAGGCCCAUUCCCUUAGCUUUGUUGGUCCCUGGGCUGCAUGCUCUGUUUUCCAGAACUCUUACUAAAGUUUCAUAUUAAUUAUAAUUUCUUGUCAACACCUGAUCACUUAAUUAGAAAUACAUUUUUAAUUACUUUAAUUGAACUGGCAGACUUAAAGGGAAACUCCAUGCACCAAAACAACUUCAUUUAAAUGAAGUUGUUAUGGCGCUGGAGGAACCCAGAGACACUCUUACUUCACGGGGUUAAACCUCAAAUGUUACCAAAUGAUUUAACCCUCAAAAUUGCCUCAUGUGGCGACCUCCACUCCCCUCAGGUUGUACAAGGCCUCUGAAAUUUCACCUGCCAGUCAGGAACCCUGCUGAUUGGCUGAGAGUUGUCAGCUGCCACUCCCUGUUCACAAAACUGUCUUGGAAAGAAAUAUACCUUUGAGGUUUGAGUACGGUUUAACCCCUUAUGGUAAGGCUGUAUCCCAGAGCCUCCAGGAGAUACAACAACUUCAUUUAGAGUGCACAAAUGAGCCAAAAUCUGUCCACAUUUAGCUGUUCCUGGAAUGUCCCUAUGGAUUUUGCUUUAGCUUGGAGAGCAAUCUGUUGAUUUUAUACUGCAAACUAACCUGAUUUGGAUCUAGGUAUGCCUUUCUAUUGAGAUAGUUCUAGGUGUGUUUAUCCAGAAACUCUAAUCUUUGUAAUCCUAACAGUGGAAAUCAACCUAGAUACAUUAUUGCUCUACUAUUGACACUAACUGUCCCUCACGCAGCACUCUAUAAAAAUGGACCAGCGUGACCAGGCUAAGUAAACUGCUUUGACUGUUUGCACACAUUUAAUUCACCUUGUGAGCAUCUUUCUGGCUCAUACUCUAAUGGGUAUAUUCGUAUCCCCUAUCCCUGUAACCAUAGUGUAUACUAACUCUAAAGGUAAGCUUUAUAAUUAGGUUUAUAAUUAAGGUUACUAGAUUCUCCAUGUUUUCAGGGACACAUAUAAUAUUUUUUUCACAUUGAUGAAAAGGGUUGCCCUGCAGUACGUAUAAUGCAUAUUUUGCGGUAUUCUUCAUUGCGUAAUUACUUAAUCUUAUAUACCUUCUUUUUCUCACCUUUACUAUCUCUUCCUCCCAUCCUUCUCAUUCUUCCCUCUACUUCCUCCCCUUCUUCUGGAGUUAUACGUAUGCUUCUUUAGCAAAGAUUGUACAUAUAAAUGCAUGAUAGCGCCUAUAAGGAAUGUGAUAUAUCAUCCCAUUGUUAAAGGACCACUAUAGUGCCAGGAAAACAUACUCGUUUUCCUGGCACUAUAGUGCCCUGAGGGUGCCCCCACCCUCAGGGUCCCCCUCCCGCCCGGCUCUGGAAGGGGAAAAGGGGUAAAAACUUACCCUUUUCCAGCGCUGGGCGGGGAGCUCUCCUCCUCCGAUCCUCCUCUUCUCCCCCAUGCGGUUCACGCGCGCGCGCGCUGCGCGGCAUUCAGCCGGUCAUAGGAAAGCAUUUAUGCUUUCCUAGAUUUGCGUGCUCUCACUGUGAUUUUCACAGUGAGAAGCACGCAAGCGCCUCUAGUGGCUGUCAAUGAGACAGCCACUAGAGGAUUUGGGGGAAGGCUUAACCCAUUCAUAAACAUAGCAGUUUCUCUGAAACUGCUAUGUUUAUAAAAGAAUGGGUUAACCCUAGCUGGACCUGGCACCCAGACCACUUCAUUAAGCUGAAGUGGUCUGGGUGCCUAGAGUGGUCCUUUAAGAUGGAGGUUAUGAGACUUCAAUACAGGUGUAUUUAAUUCUCAACUGAAGAUUGUCAAAAACCAAAUACACCUUCUUCAUACUACAGGACUAUCUUUUCAUGUGCUGCCCAUCAAUAUGUUCACGUUAAAACAUGGUGAAUCUGGUAACCCUAGUUAUAACUACUGGAGUCAUGACAUUAGCUAUUUUUAAUCACAGGCACCCACUAUUGAGUCACACAUGUGUCUCUGUCAGGUACAAGAAUCCAUACUGGCAGGCUAGGAGUAACAUUAGCCGAAUGUGCGCUCUCUAUAUAUGUUGGUCUUGUAUGUGUGUUUGUGAGGUGAACCAUACUGCUAGCAUGUUUUAUUCUCAAGCCAUUUGUAUGUACUCCAUCAUGCUUAGUGAGGGAGGGCUUGUGACAUGUUGUGCUUAGCUCUGCAUGUGAACACUAAUGGACUAGAAUUUUAAGAAGUGAAAAUAAAAUCAAGUUCUUCUUUUUAAUCACCCCACCUGUCAAUUGACCUAAGCCUGCAAUAUAAGCAGAAUGUUAGUUUUGACUUUGAUAGACAUAUAUAAACAGCAGAAAGAAAGUAUUAUCUGAUAAUUAUCUGAUGAGACUUUUGUUUGCACAGUGUAUAAAGAUGAGCAAAGGACAUUUAGAUUAUUUGUGAUCGUAAUUACCAACAGUUACUGUACUGACUCUUAAAUUACAUAUAUAUGAAUAACUAUGUGCUUAAAGAGAGAUAGUCACUGAAUCUGUCAUCAAUAAUUCAGGUUAAAGUAAUUUAUCCACAUGAACAGAUGAAUGCUAUACUAACUGAACCAUACUAUAGUAAGUUUUGCCAUAAUGACCACUUAAAGAAAAAAACACAAGCAUCAUAACCACUACAGUGCACUCUGGUUUUUGUACCAGAAGUGCUCUGGAGCUCCCGCCCAUUGUAAGCAGCCUUACCUGGGGUCCACUGGUCACUGCUCCCCACCUCCAAUACAGUAGACAGAGAACUGGACGCAUAAACUUAGAAACUUUGAUUAGCUCUCAUGAGACAAGUAGUGGAUUGCUAGCUCAUUGGCUGAGAGUGUAGACUGGGCUUAGCUUAGACAGAGAGUUUUCAGCUCUCUGUUGGAUGAAGUGGAGACGAGGAGUGGUAUACGGCACUGCUCAGGUAAGAAGUCUAAUCAUUCUAAAUGGUUUAAAUACUGCCAAUGGGGAUAGAGGGUGUCUGGGCAUUCCUGGCACUAGAACCAGUACAGCACACUGUAAUAGAAACUGUACUUGGAAUGUUUCUUUAAAUAGUUGACCAUUUUCAGUGUAGAAUUCCAUCACAAUUCUAAAACCUGUGUAGACUGUUUGUAUUAUUUUGUAAUGCAUACAUAUAAGCAAACACUGUAUACCUUGAUUUACCCUUGCUCCAUGGAAAGCAGCCAUCAUUGAAUCCCCUCAGAUGCACAAUUUACUGACCAUAGACCAUGCACAUAAUUAAAACCUAGUGGGUGUUUACAAAUUCAAUAUGGGUUCCUUUAAAACCUUCAUAUUACCCAUGGUUUGGAGACUUCACUGAUGCUUUUAACUUAAAAAUGGCGACCCCCUUGAAGCAAACGUAAACACAGAGAUGCACUGAGAGGAGGUAUUUACUAUAUUAUAAUAAUGUAUGUAAUUAUUAUAAAAUAAUACAUUCAUCAUUUGUAAUAAAUGAUGUGCUGUUUAAUUUCAAUAAUAAUGAAAAUGUUGAUCGUUCUCCUUUAAUGCCCAAUGUGCUCAAAGGAAGACAAGGCUAACUAGAAAUAGUUAUUAGUUUUUUUAAUAAACUGAAUUAAAAGUGUAUGAUUUGUAGCAGCCCAUGGGUAUGACAAAGGAUACUUAAUGGGUUAGGAAAAAAAAUAGAAUAGGGAAUUCAUGUUUUUAUAGUGGAGCUGAAAAGGAAAAGGCGGGGAACUGGCAAUCUACUCUAAACCUCAGGAAACACUUAAAGACCUUAACGUGCAUAGUUUAAAGGAACAAAGAGGGAAUGAUUGAUUAUUGUUUUAUCUUAUCGUGUAUUUAUUUCUUUAGUUGACGUUUUAAAACCCAUUGAAGAGUGAAAUUGCUAACCUUCACUAGAGACAUGAUCAAAUACUCCACAUCUGAGUUCUCUAAUCUGUUGUAUAUUUACCACUUGGUGUAUCUUGAACCUUCAUGCACUUCAGAAGUUCAUGGUAAUGGGGUUCAAUAAGAAGAUGUAGUAAGAGGGAAAUUUUGAAUAGGACUAUUACUUGGCAUACCUCAUAACUAUUGGUUCUUGAUGGCACUUAUCCCACUUUGUUCGUUCCCCUUUCUGGGCAUGCCUCUGUUGUAUGUUUUGCACUAUUAACUGAUAUGAACAGUAUUUACAGAGGUUACUUUAAGAGGAUUUCUGAAGACACCCAUUGGCUGUGGGCUGUCAGAUCCUGGACACUCUAAAAGACAGUCCUGUGUAUUAUCCCGUCUUCUAGGGUGGUCAUUGCUUAACAGCAUUGAGGGGUGGAGUAAGACCUCUUUAAAGUGGUUGUUACAUCCCAAAUAUGUGUGCUUAUUACGGUAUUGAACAGGACAUGAUUUCUCAUUGGAUCAAAAUGUUAAAUGAGUCCAAUAAGUCAGAAGCAGAGACAAAUUCCAAGGGUAGAGUCAAUCAUCCCUAUACUUGUCAACUUCAACAAUUGCCACUGUACCUCAGUCCACAUACCUCUUAUAAAUGGUUCGUUACACGUGACUGGUUGAGUGGGCUGAUCCUGAUUCAUGGCUGCCCAUUGGCCUGCUUUUCUUUGAUUAUUAACCCCUCCUUCUCCAUGCUGUUUGACCCUGGAGGUGAUUUCCUAUCUUAUUUAAAACACUUUAGAUGUGAUUGUUACCUCUAAGAUACAAAGUGAAGAGCUGUGCUAUAAUGUUAGGGAGUCAGGGUUAUGCUGAAACUGAAAGAUUGGACGUAUAAAAGAAAACAUUGUAUGUCAAUUUUAAAUAAAGUCAAACAGCUACACUCUAACUACUUAAAAUGAAUAAAUAUAUUUAACUUUUUGGUUGUGGUGUUUUUACAGUAUUUAUUGUACAUAGGCAAUUUGUUUUUAGCUAAUUUUUUAAUGACUAGACCACAUUGUUUUGUCUCCGUCUCUUCUCAAGUUACGAUAUUCCAACAGCAGCAAGGCAAAGUUGCUUUUUAGGAAGAGAUAAGGGUCAGUUAGGGAUUUAGUGUCACUUAAUUGUAGCAGAUAUAUUUUAGCUCCACAGGCCUAAACCUAAGCUGCAAUUUACACACAGCAUAUAAUAGUAGGGAUUGGAGUUUUACAGGUAGCUAUAUAUCUAGCAGAUUUGAUUGACGGACACCUUGGGCAGUGUUGAGGCUUACACUGUUGAAAUAACAUUUAAAAACACAAAACACUUAAGUGGCUAUUUACUAAAGUUCGAAUGGCUCUGUGCCAAAUGGGGUAAAACCAUCCGGCUCUGUACGGUGCCAUUUAGAUCUAGAUAUUGCUCAUGCUGUUUAACAGUAUGCAUUCAGGCACAGAACGGUCCAUAAUUUGGGUUCAGCGCCAGCAGCAAUGUUCCUCAAAUUCUGAAAAUUCUCACAAAAUAGCAGUAUUGCACUCAAAAGGAUUUAAUGGAAUAAAAGUCAAGUAAUGAAAUAAAUCCAGACUUGGAUUUAAAAAAAAAGAACUAUUUGCCAGCUGGCAGCACUAGCAGCGAGUGGGCAAACAGUUAAAAUUAUAUUAAUUAUGUUAUGUCUCACGACCCUGGUGCUUUAUUAAAAAAAUAAAUAACUAAAACCCCUUACGGGGGUCAAUCAGACCCCUGCAUUACUGCAAAGGUGGUUUUAAACUUCCCUAUGCCCCCACCUGCCACAGGGAUAGGGCCUGUGAAAUAACAGGGGGAUGACAUAAAUUCCUCCCCUCACCCCAACCUGUGGGCAUCAGGUGGGUACUUUUAAAUAAAUUACUGUUUACAGAUUACUGUCCAACCCAGUGUUCCUCCUGUCUCUGGAUAUUUAGUAAAAUUAAGGGGGGGGGGGAGGCAUCCUUAUGUCCCCUAUGCACCCACCCGUGGUCAUUUAUUAUGAGAUUCAGAGGGGGGAGACCAAAUGGCACCCCUCAUUGGCAGCUGGUGGGGGCCCUAAUAAUAGCCUGGGGCAAAGACCUAAUGUCACCACUAUGGGCAUUGGAUGAGAGCUCUAAUUAAUUAAAUGGGGUGGGUAAAUGUAGCAUUUAUAUUUACUUAUUUCUAAUUUAUUUAACUUUUUUAAUGAGGCAGCAUGAGAGCAAGUCCUGGCCACCCUUAAUUAACUCUCGCACUGCAGAGGUUUUUGGUUUUUUUAACCAUUGGCUCGCUGGCUGCAAGCACUGUCAAUGGGUAGAUAGUUUGUAAAAUUAUCAUAUCAGUGAAUCAUAAUUUGCGAACGUGCAUUCUGCCAGAUGCAUUAGGUCACACAAUUUAUUAAAAUUACCUUGUAUAGGAUUCGGAUGGGAAAGCACCAAUUUUAAUGCAAACACCGAAUGCAUUAAUGCAAGUGCUAAGGUUUGCUCGGGCCAACUUAAUUCUGACACAGAAUACAGUCAUUUUUAUUGGAUUUUAUCCAGGCGGAUAAAAUCUGGUGUUUAAUGAAUAACCACAUUGAUGAGACAUGACUUGUAAAAUUCAAGGUAAAAAAGCUAAACUGGAGAAAUCUCCAACUUAGUCAAGAUAUAGCCCAAAUUGUGUAAUUAACUCAGCAUAAUCUUUAAAUAAUAAAUAAACUCCUAUCCUAUUUGUUUCAUUGAGUUACCAUAUAUACUAAUAUUGUUUUAAAAAAGCACUGAUUUUAGAACACUCUAAUAUAUAUAUAAAGACCCCUAUGUUUCUUUAUAACUUUAGAUUCAAUUUAAAAAUCACCUGAAACGUAGAUUUAAUUUAGAGCCAAGAGCCUGACUGCAGCCUGGUCCUCUCUUACUGAAAAUUGAUGAUGUUUUCCAAUAAGAUGCUUCUAACAGAGAUGUAUUGCACAUAUAAAGCAAACUCUGUGAUCAGCCAAACCAUUGGUCACAGAGAAUGCAUACUUUGCAUUCCUUUAAUUCACCCCCUUGACUUUACACUCCUUUGAUUGUGUUAAUUCAGAAGCCACUGCUGGUAGUCUGACAGCCACUAGAGGAGUGAGGAUUGCAAACUGUGCAAAGUGUAAUUUCUCAAAAAGGGUGCAGGCUGCAGGAAAAGCAUCUAUGCCACAGAUCAUUUUGUUAACAUAUAGAUUGUCCCAUUCUAGUAGGUUGUUGUGUAUAUCUUUCAUUAUAUAACCUGGGGUAAUUAAUGUUUUAGUAUAGAAAUAAAGCAGAAAAUAAUCUUAAAUGACUUAUGUAUAAUUUAUUUUUCUUUAAAUAACCCUUCUGUGAAGCCUGCUUAUAAGGAUGCCAGCAUAUAAACCUUUAUGUGUCUUUAUAGCUUGCCAAAAUUCCUUUGAAUUAUGAGACAAUUAACUCAUUAAUUUAUUAGUGUAAUACUACCCGGAAUUAUGUGAUUUAAUUUGCCACCACGUACAUAGAUCAUUUUGUUUUACCAUUACGUAAGUUUCCACAACAAACCUUUUGAUAACUAGCUUCAUGUAAUAGUAACAUUUGUGGGAUCCUUUCAGAGCUGUGCAUGGAGGUAGGGCUAAUUAUAUACCCAUUGUACAGCGCUGCGGAAUUUGUUGGUGCUUUAUAAAUAAUAAUAAUAAUAAUAAUAUACUAGACAACUUAAUUUAGGGGUGAAUAUUGUUCAGUAAAUCUGAAUUGGCAAAUAACACCCCAAGUAUACGAUGACUUAUGCCACCCUAGUCUGGGAAAGUGUCUGUUCUGCAGGAAAUGAUAAGGGUGUAGUCUGAGAAUGCUACCUAUGCCCUAACCUGCAAGAAUAAAUCGACUUCAUCAUUUUUUUCCAGUCAGAAAGUCACGGAAGGCUCUGCUGGAACCCCAAUUAACUGCAGAACAAUGUUCUCUUUGCAGAUCCCAGCUGUAGUCAGGCGGAAGUACUUUCUCUAGACAGAUGACAAAGCUAGAUACUAAAAGCAGUCAUUUAUGUAUCACUGCAUCUCUUACUAAGCUUUUAUUCUUCAAGAUAUUCUUGAUUCCAUUUCCUGGUCUGGGCUGUACUCAGGGGUGUGUUUACCCCGAGGCAAACAAGGCAUUUGCCUUGGGUGGCACUUUCUGGGGGGUGGCAAAAAUAGCUGCCCCCAAUCGCCCUGGCAAAUGCCUUGCCACCCUUUUGUCCUAGGGGGCCCAGGAGCUGGCUGGGUGGCCACCUCAGGGCCCCCCCAGGCUAGCAGUGGCGGAACUUUCCAGGUGGGCGGCGAGGGAGCACUAAUCCUCCUGUUCGCGCGCACUGUGUGUGUGUGUUAGUGAGUGUAUAUGCAUGUCUGUUAUUGAGAGUGUAUACAGUGGUGUAUCCUGGUUUUGUGCUGCCCUAGGUGGUCCAGUGGCUGCAGGGCGGGCGGCGGUGGCAGGCGGGCGGCCGGCGAGGGAGCUCUUCCCAUGAGCUGACUGCUCAGCUCCCUCGCGCGUCAGCCGCAGAGUGAGCCUGGGAGCCGGAAUAUGACGUCAUCUUCCGGCUCCCAGCCUCACUCUGCGGCCGACGCGCGAGGGAGCUGAGCAGUCAGCUCAUGGGAAGAGCUCCCUCGCCGGCCGCCCGCCUGCCACCGCCGCCCGCCCGCUCGGGAUGUCAGUUAGCCACGAGGCUAACUAGGCAUUUGCCCUGGGCAUUUGGGGGGCGGCGUUUUUUGCCGCCCCCUGAAAAAUGCCGCCCAAGGCAAAUGCCUUGUUUGCCUCGCGGCUAAUACGCCCCUGAGUGUAUACGUGUCUGUUAGUGAGUGUAUUAGUAUGUGUGUCUGUUAGUGAGAGUGUAUGCGUGUCUGUUAGUGACUGUGUGUGUCUGCUAGUGACUGUAUGUGUCUGUCAGUGAGUGUGUAUGUCUGUCAGUGAGUGUGUAUGUCUGUUAGCUAGUGUAUGUGUGUCUGUCAGUGAAAGUGUGUGUCUGACACUGAGUGUAAAUGUGUUUGUCAGUGAGUGUUUAUGUGUAUUUAGAAGGCGGGCUGGGGGGAGGGGGUGCCUGAGUUUUCUCAUGCCUAGGGCAGCACAAAACCAGGAUACACCACUGGCUGUGCUGUGUGUACCUUAGGCAUUCUUGAGCUCAUAACUACGUGCGUGUUGGCCUUCUUUAUUGUUUAAAUAUUGGUUUUGGCUGUGUGUAUUUGUUUGACCUAUGCAGGUCGGUGCAAGGACUUUUGGCUACACAGGCGAAGAUGCAUUUUGUCGCCACCUAUCACCCCCCAUGAAAAAGCAUCUUCACCUGUUUCUCGAUUUUGAAUCUCUUACCCCUUUAGUGUUUCAUAUCCACCUUUUAGUGUAUUUUAUCCCCCCCUUUGUGUGUCUUACACCCACUUGUGUGUCUCUUACAACCAACCCUUGUCUCUUCUUUUCCUCAGCCCCUUUGCAUUUCUCUUUCUUCCCCCCAGCCCCUUUGUGUGUCUCUCUCUUGGAAAACUGUAUUGCCGCCUUUUUCUAAUAAAAUUCUGGAAGCAAUUUCAUAAUUGUCAUUUCCAUAUUUAUAAAUGAAAUUUAUAGAUAAAUUGACUGCGAUGUGUUUAGAUCAAACUACUAUUUAUGUGCUGAAUGGUGUUUUAAAUAGAUUAUUCUAUAGACUAUUAGAUGACAGAUCCAAUUUAAUAAAGAAACAAAGUUUCAUAAACAAUCCGGGUUAAUAAAGAAACGCCUAAAAAGGCAUACACAUACACAUCCAUAAAAGUCCAUAAGUGAGAGAAUACAAAUAACAUUGUAUCUCUGUCAUUGUCUGUACCUAUGAAAAGUCCAUUGUCAGUUACUUUAUUUGUUGAAACGUCAUGUGGUGUCUAAGGGAAGUUGUAUUCCUGAAUACACAGGCUUAACAAGUGUUUAGUCUUCCUUAUCUUUCUUUUUAUCUUUUACAUAAUUGCAAUCUUGUGAUAAUAAUUUGAAACGUUGUCAAAAUGGAGCUAGCUAUUAUAGCUGACUUCCUGUAUAACAUAUGACUUGAUAACAUGCUGCCUGGCUCUCCUGUGAUCGGAUCCUGGGUCUUGCUGUCUGCUGGUUCUGUACAGCAUUGACUAUCUAAAGAAGAAGGUGUGCUAAAGAUAAUUCCCAGGCUUCUCGUUCACGCUAUGAUCAGCAGGGCACCUGCAUGCUAUUAUAUAAUAAUCUCAGAAUAUUUUCUAUUAUGCAAACAAUCUCUAAUCUCUCUAUCAUUUUGCCUGUGAGUUUGCUCAUGUCAGGGAAGCAGAUCCUUGUCAUGGUACUCACGCUGGCUUACAAUAGUAAGUAUUGAAGUAUUGAAGUUUUAGGUCCAAUUGUUUUGGAAUAUGCCAAUAAGGUGUAAAGGAUCAGGUGUCAUGUAUUAAAUGCAUUUAGUUUUUAAUGAAGAAUAAUGAAAGCCACAAUCUGAUAACUAGGGGUAAUCCUUGAUACCUGUACAAAGAGGUUACGAUUACCUCUAUAUCUAUGUAGAUGGAGGGUCCACCAUCAUGAGUAUUUCUCCCAGAAUAAAAAAGAAGUAGAAAAGCUGUGCAUACUUACAAGGCAACAUUCAUGUUUGAAAUAUUGUUUAGCCAGUGGCCUGGUGAUCUAUGCUUCUACAAAUGGUGUGACCACAGAUGUUAACAAAGAUAGUAUACUGCAGUUCUUAUUUAAAAAAAUGUUCUCUCUGUGUUGCUAACAUUCCUCACCACUGUCUGUGGAUUUAAAAUGCAACCAAAACCCAAAACUAACUUGAUUAUAGCUAGAGUCAUAACUAGAAACCACAUGGCCCCAUUGCAAAUAUUGCCCUGCCCCCCAUGUGUCUCAACCCCCCCCCUUCAGCUCUGUGUGUCUAAUCCCCCACCAGUCCCUCCAUGUGUCUCAUCCUCCUCACCCCUCAGUCCCUCCACGUGUCUCAGUCCCUCCAUGUUUUACUGCCCCAGAUCCUACAUGUGUCUCAUCCCCCCCAUCUCCUGCAUGUGUUUCAUGUUCCCCCAACCUAUCCAUGUGACUCAUGCUCCCCCAGCCCCUACAUGUGUCACAUUCUCCCCUCAGUUCCUCAAUGUAUCCCAUUCAACCCCCUUCCAGCUCCUCCAUGUGUCUCAUCCUCCAUGUGUCUCCUUUCUUCCCUCAGCCCUCCAUGUGCCUCCUUUCCUUCCUAUCCCUUCCAAGUGCCUUCUCUCCCCACAGCCCCUCUACAUGUGUCCUUUCCCCCUCAAAACCUCUGUGUUUCUCCUUUUCUCCCUCAGCACCUCCAUGUUUCUCAGGCCCCACCUCUGUGUGUCUUCUCCCACCACCCCAGCCCCUCUAUGUGUCUCUCCCCCAUCUCCUUCAUGUUAUAUGUAGCGUGGCUCUCUCAGUGAGCACUUCCUGUUGGUCUGCUCGGCAACGCUACAUACAGAGGCCGGCAGGAGGAGGAGGACUGUGCUGUGAGUAUCCCUGGCUGGUGCGGCUGUGCACCGGCCUUGAAAUUAGGCCGGCUGCAGGGGUUGACAGAGCAGCUAAGCUCCCUGGAGUGAUGGGCCCAGUUGCAUCUGUGACCCCUGCGCCCGCUAUAGGUACGCCACUGACUAUAGCACUGAGUGGUUUCCUUUUGAGGUUUCUGCAUUUGACCUAAAUCAGGAGAUUGUCCUUGCCGUGAGCAAUGGUUCUAAAGGUGUAAUGCAUUCCUAAAAGGUCAAGAACCUGAAACGUUUGUAUUAUUUUCUAUUCAAUAAAUGUUAGUAGCACUGUUGUGCACCUUGCAUUCUUCUAGCGCUAUGCUCCUUCUUUAGGUUUUUCAUCAGAUGGUGAAAUGAAGGAAUAAAACAAAUGGUACUUAAGGUUCAGUGGGAUUUACUAUUCCAAAGGGGAAAUCCCAUCCCAUGAGAAGGCCGAGAUACACUUUUUGCAACAGAGCAGAGAAAGGAGUGAGCAUAGUGUAAAGUAAAGACUAUAGCAGCUUUUCUUCUUGCAUUUUCUGCUUGUGAAUUCAGAACAGAUCCAGCAGGUUUAAAGUUAUGACGGGAUCUGCUCUGUCCAAGGUCAUGGAGACCAUAUUUCAUUCAGACAUAUAAACUACAAAGCUGGAUCCUAUUAAGACAACAAAGCAAUCCUGUGGGUUUCAUGAGGAAUCUUUAAGUAAACAAAAGGACUUGAAGAUUGCAUAUAGCCUUUGCUCAAAGACAAAAAUUAACCUGUCCAGGCUUAUUUAAAGGGAUCCUAUAGUGCCAGGAAAACAAACCCAUUUUCCUUGCACUAUAGGCUCUUGGAGUGCCCCUCUCUCUGAGCCUCCCUCCCUUGGCGCUGAAGGGGUUAAGACCCCUUCAGCAACUUACCUUACUCCAGCGCUGGGUUAAAACCCCUUCAGCAACUUACCUUAAUCCAGCGUCGUGCUCCCUCUGCACUGGUGACCUCUCCUCGCCCGCCAAUGUCAGCUCCUGAGUGGAGCUGAAUGCGCAUGCGUGGCCAAAGGAGCGAUUACUGAGUGGAGCUGAAUGCUGGGGAUCUUUUUUCCUGCUGGACUCCAUGAGGAUGUCCAACCUCAACUAAGUGUGAUUUACUCAGUGUAAAUCACGGAAGCGGCCUCUAGUGGAUUAACCCUGCAGGGUUAAAGCUAGGGGGACCUGGCACCCAGACCACUUAAUUGAGCUGAAGUGUUCCCAGUACCUAUAGUGGUCCUUUAACAUAUGGCAAGGAAUGUGUGUUACUUUCUUCAACUCUGUUAUCUUAGUGAGAAACUCCAACGGUGUUUAAGUUGAAUGGUGGAAACAUACAAAGGGGCUUUUAUGCAUGUGAUCAUUUCCCUAAAAUAACACCAAGGAGGGGAGGGAAUGUACAACAUGUUAUGUCAGUAGAAGGCUAGUUGCUGUGAGAUUUCCCUAAUGUAUCAGUUAUAUAAUGUUUUCUGAAAUACAUAGAAGAAAAAAAAUUAUAAUACCAGUGAUCACAAUUGGCUCCAAAAAAACCUUUCUAAGUUAACAGUUUUAAAACCCUAUAUGCUUGCAUAUAUUUCCAUUUUCAGUUCUGUGCACAGAUGAAAUUGCUCAAAUGAUGGCACUUACGUUGGGUCUUCCCUAACACCUGCCUCCAUCUGUGAAGCAUUAAAGGUACAGCUGUAUUUCCAGGAUGAAAAAAGAUACCAUUGAAGGUUCAUUAAUCAGGCUGUGGAUCGAAAGAAAAUAAAAAGCCCAAGAUCUUUCUACAGAUAAUAUCAAAAUACGAAUCAGGGAGUUAAUGUUGUAGCACAUCAACCAGGCACUAAAAGAUUCAGCUGCACCACUGCUGGUGAUGGAGCUACACUUCUGAUAGCAAAGGGCUUUAACACUCUAUGUCAUGAUUGGGGCACAUACACUACAAACACCAUGACCACUUCAAAUCAGUGAAGUGGUCAUGGUGCUUGGAGUGUCCCUUUAACAUUGUGUCAUAAAACAUACCAAAUGGGCCCUGAGCUAUUUCAAAAACAGCCAAAAUAAAGGUCAUCAGGCCUGAAGUCCAUGGCCUUGGUUAUUUCUGAAGGCUUUGGUUCAGAUCUUUAUGAAACUGAUUAUAUUACAUUAGACAAUUAAUAAUGUUCAGUCCCCAGCAGACACAUGGUAGAAAAGGAGGAGAUAAUGUUGUGGAGUAAAACCAAUAAUUAGCUGUAUAUAAUGAUUGUGUGCAACUUGUACCUACCAUAUAGAUUGGUAAAUAAACGGGUAGAUAGACAGACAGCUAAAAAACCAGUUGUUUACUGGAUGUUUAUAGCUGUCUAAAAGGUUAGCUUCCCCCCACCGCCAAUGGGUUUUUGUAGGAAACAGUCUUAAUGUCCAUACUUUGAGUAUAGUUUAAAUCACCAGUUGCUUUUGACCUAGUUAAUCCUCCUUUCAUACAGGGCCCUUACAAGUAUUAGGAUAAAAUUCACAGGGUUAUUCACCAAAGUGAGAAUUCAAAUUUAAUUUUAAAUUAUAGGCAAAAAUAGCUGGACUGGGAAAAUUCUUCAAGUCAGUUAUGGUUCAAGUUCAACUACUUUGACCUAAAAUUUGAAAUUCACUUUUAAUUCUCACUUUAGUUAGUUAACUCUGCCAAUCUGGGCCUUUACUUACUAGUCAGUAAGUUGUGAUGACUAAACAACUCAAUAGCUAUUAUUCCCAAUAGGAUAUUUAAAUCUAACUUGUUUUUCAGUCCAUUAUUUAGCAAAUACAUGUUUGUGUUAAAAAAUAAAAUAAUUUAACUGAAAAAAAGUAUUUUCACUUUUAGAUAAUUAAAAUAGGGUGCUAACUUAGUUGACAAAGCAUAGAGAAUUUCUAUUUUCUAAACUGCAAAAAAGCUUUAUCCAAAAAGAAUUCUCAAGGCAGAUAGGAGGUUAAGAAAAUCUCAACCAUACUCUGAGUAUCUCAUUUCCAAUUUGGCAUGAAAACAUUUUUACAUAUUUGUGGAGGUGGAAACAAUUGCAAGAGCUAUUCCAAGUCUCCAAAAGAAUACGUUUGAAAGCAGUGUUAACUAUACAGUAAGUAAAAAGUAGGCAAGAGCACAUCUCAACUCUGAAUCCAUUGGACAGACAAAAAGACAGAGACAUAAAUAGACAGAUAGAUAGAUAGAUAGAAAGAUCUAUCCUAGCUGCAUCUACCCUAACCUAACAUCAAAUGCAGCUAAGGUGCUUGCCUAUGCCAUUAAUCAUCUUCUCCUGUGUAUAUGUGUUUAUAUAUUACUCAGUCAUCUGGGGUGGCAAUACAUAGCCUUACAUAUUACAUGCGACAAUACAUGGCGCAAUGAUUUAUGGGGCUGGCAUAGAUUUGUUUUCCAGGGCUGCUUUGUAUCUCCAGUCCGGCCCUGCCCCACACGUCACUAACCCACCUUCCUCUCCUGUAACUGUGUCAUCUACAAAAACUGCUACUCACCACCAACUACUUUGUCAUCUUACCAUACUCUCCUUAGAUUGCACAUUAAGAAGGGCGUCUUACCCAACUUUUUGUACAGCACUGCAGAAUUUGUUUACACUUAAUAAAUAAUAAUAUUAAAAUGUACAUCAAUGCUUAUUUCUUCUUAGAAUGCAACAAGCACUGUGAUUGGGUCCCCUAAAUAAAUGUGUAAUUAUGGAAAGCUGCCAUAUAAUCCAUUUCUUCUUUAUUUAAUAUGUCUGCAUGACUUUCUCUAAUUCCCCUUACAUUAUUCUAAUUAUAGUAUUCAUUUAAUAAUUAUGUAUAGUGGUUUUAAAGAAAAAUAAAAUAAAUCAUUGCUUGAUACACUGCUUAAGGCUGUUUACAAACUUAGUCUGGCAGACCAUAACAACAUGAUAUAUGUCAUGAAAUGGGAUCAUGCUACAAAUUUACAAUACAGAGGAUAAAGGAUGCAUUGUUUGAGGGUCUACGCUCUUACCUUUACACCUAAAGCCACAAACAGCUUUAAAUAAUAAUAAAACUUUGUAAGUCUGUUGUGAAAUCCAGCUCCAUGUGUGUCUGUGUUCCUCUGCCAAAUCGUGUAGUUACAUGCAAGCUUAUGCUUGUCCCUGAUACCUUGGAAGGGUAAACGGUUAGUCAGCCAUUUAGUUGAGCCUUAGGCUAAAUCAUAAAUGUUGGCAAACAGUAAGGAACACAUUGAUGAGACAGUGAGACCUCUAAAACACCAGGAAAACUUUUAAAACUUUAACUCAAACACUGCUGGAAAGUGAUGCAGAUACCAUCAGGUAGGGCUCAAAAUUUCCACUUGUCACUAGCUAGUAGUGAAAAUGUAACCCUGGUGAGUAAAAACAAAAUCACCCCUGGAGGGUAUAAUAUGAUCUGUAGUGGUGAGUAACUUUUAAAGCCUGGUUAGUAGCAUCAGGGCCGGUGAUAGACUAUUUUCCUCCCUAGGCAAGACAAGCUAAUUGCAUACCCCAAAACAAAUAUUGACAACCUUGUGUGUAUUAUUUUUCCAAUAGCUCCUUUGUGUGUCUCUUUAGCCCCAAACCCCUUUGUGUGUUUCUUUAACUCCCAACCUUGUUGUGUGUCUCUUUUUCUUUUCCCCUUCCUAAACCUUUGUUUCCAGUACUGAGUACCUCUGCCAGGUCAGCUUGACUGGGGUCUCUGAGUACUGGACCAGGCUUCAGCUUUCUCCUUCCAGGCAGUUGUCAUCCCCUCUGCCUUUGCUUCUUCUUUUUCUUUCCCAGGCAGGUAUCAAUACCUCUGCCUGCCUUGCCUCAGACUACUGCCUUUACAAAGACACUUAUGGCUCUCUAGCUCUUUAUUAGUCCUGGGUAUCAGGGAUCAUUGCAGCCAGCCACAGGUCUGAAAACUCUGUAACUGGGAUCCCUGAACAAACCGCACAGUUGCCAAAAGAACUAACACUAAAUACUUUAUUUUCACUCAGGAUUAGCCCUUGUAACAUUACAUUAAGCUUAUGGUGACACACUCAAUUCAAUGCAUAUCACCAAAUCAUAUGGGGAAACAUUCAGGAAUUCAUUAGAACACAAUGAUAUAUUUAUAAAGGGAUGGGGAAGACAAUAAAUAACAAGAAAUAUAUCCCUUGCCUAUUAAAAAGCAUAAUGUUUUAAGCAAAUCUGCUAUUCAGGUAGUGCACAUAACAGUUGCAACCAACAGGUGGAGCUACACAUGACUGUUGCAAGAUCUUCUCAAUCAACAGAUGGCUCUGUACAGGUUCCACAGCUAACUCCACCUGUUUGUAGAAAGCAACAGCAGGAGCAGAAAGCACACAAAGAAUUUAACAAUUAACAAUAAUACACACCCUGCACCUAUAGCACUGGGUGACUUAAACAAAAGAGUCAUACGGUGACCUACAUAGAGUGUCGGUCUUAUGCUCCUGGUGAUGGUGACUCCCUUCCAAGGGUAGAGUAACCAGGUACCAGACCUCCAAUCAGUCCAUCCAUCCUGGCAGCCCACUGGACAAAGCUCCACUGUCUAGCUCAGUUGUACUGUUGGGGAUGGAAUUGAUUGCCUCCCUCUUGAAGUUCCUCCUGCCGCUGGGAAUGGAGGCUGACUACCUCCUCUUCCCAGGUUGCAAUAUUCUGCUGAGGAGGGAGGCUGACUACCUUCUCUUCCAGGAGCUCAAUUUGCUGCUGGAGAGGUGGGCUGACUGCCCAAUCCAGGAACAAUAACCACUACAGCUCAGUGUAGUAGUUAUGGUGUCAGUAGUGCCAAGAUCCCACCCCAGAGUAAGUAGUCAUACCGUUUAAGAACAGUUUGACAACUUACCUGGGGUCUGCUGGGAUAUAGGGCAUAGGAGUAGUGGUGAGUGUUAGGGGUGAAGUGUGUGAGCGGUGAAGUGUGUGUGUGAGUGCGGCAGUGUAUGUCAGGGUUGCAGUGUGUGUGUUAGGGGGCAGUGUAUGUGUGGGGCAGUGUGUGUGUGUGAGGGUGGCUGUGUGUGUAUGGGGGCACUGUUUGUGUUUUUGGGCAGUGUGUGUAUGGGGAGCAGUGUAUGUAUGGGGGUUGUGUGUAUGGGGACAGUGUUUGUGGGGCAGUGUGUAUGGGGGCAGUGUUUGUAUGGGGGGGGGAAGGAGGGUAGUGAGGCUUUUUAAUAAUUAAAAAAAAUGUAUUUAAUAAAAUAUAUAUAUUUAUGUCCCCCCUCCCUUCUUCCCUUUACUGAGAGGAGGGGGGACAUAUUUUGUUCCCUGGUGGUCCAGUGGGAUUCCCUGGUGGUCCAGUGGGGAAUCCCUAGUGGUCCCAGUGGUGGUGAGGUGAACUCUAGUCCGCAGCUCCAGGGCUAGAGUUCACUCUCGCGAGAUUUGGAGCGUUGCCAUGGUAUGUCGGCAACUCUCCAAAUCUCGGUAGAGGAGGACCCGGAGGAGUUGCAGGCUGAGCUCCUGGGUCCUCUCCCUCCCCUGCUGGCUGUCAGCAUGGUGCCUGCUGACCGGGGAAGGGAGAUCUCUGAUCCGCAGGCACAUAGCAGGGCUGGCACUUGGACAAUGCCAGCCCUGCACUAGCUGGCAGGGGAGAAUCUCAGGGGGGGAGGGGCAAUUGCCCCGUUGCCCCCCCCGGAUCCGCCACUGCUUCUCCCUGUGCUGUACUUCGCCACUGGGAUGGGAGGCCAGCUACCACUUCUCCCUAGUUUCACUCUGCCACUGGGGAGAGAUGCUGACUACCUCUUCUCCCUGGAUUGCUCUCUGCCGCUGGGGAGGGAGGCUGGCUAUCUCUACCUACUCUCGCUGGGUUGCAAUCAGAAAGCAUCAGCAGGAAAGGAGAGUACACAAAACAUUUAACAAUUAACAAUAAUACACACCCUGCACCUAUAAUGGGCACAGGUUGUGUUAUAACCUAAGAGUGUUCUGGGGACCUACAUAAAGUGUCUUAAACAUAAUAGACACAGAGUGAGGGUGAGGACCGUCACAUAUAUUUCUAUAAAUUGUUGGGCUAUUCAUAUAUACUUAUAUGCAAUUGUUAUUAAGGGUGUAGCAGAACUUGUUGAGCUUCACAAACUAGAAUUAUUUUGAUUAGAGCAUUUCAAGGGCAUUUCAAGUGCAAGUGUAUAAUUGCACGAUUCACUUGCGGGAUGAAAGGGUUAAAAGGUUGCUGAAAUCCUUUGGAAAUUCCCUGUGAAUAAUUAUUUAAAAAUUAAUUGCUGCAUUUAUUUUAUAUUCAAUGUGAACAGCUUAAAAAGAAAAUACUGUAAAGAUGCAGAAAUAUCCCAAGAGUGUAAUAAACACAAUUUGCCAUCUGUUUAAAUAGGGGAUUUCACAAAGUAUGUCUCUCAUGUUAUGGACAUGAAGUGACGUAAGAAUAAUAAAACAUAUAUUUCAAGACCUACAUCAAUUACAUGUAUUUCUUUGAGGUCACUGUAACUUAUUAUUAUUAUUGUUAUUAUUAUUAUUGUUAUUAUUAUUGCCAUUUAUAUAGCGCCAACAGAUUCCGUAGCGCUUUACAAUAUUAUGAGAGGGGAGGAUUUAACUAUAAGUAGGACAAUUACAAGAAAACUUAAAGAAACGAUAGGUUGAAGAGGACCCUGCUCAAAUGAGCUUACAGUCUAUAGGAGGUGGGGUGUAAAACACAAUAGGACAGGAAAUAGCAAUCAAAUAAGGUGGGAGUGAAGCAGAGCUGUAAGAGAGAGUAGAGUGCUGCCCUUUAGGAGAGAGCAAGUAGGCCAUAAGCUUUUCUAAAGAGAUGAGUUUUAAGGCACUUCUUAAAUGAUUGAAGACUAGGGGAGAGUCUGAUGGCGGUAGGCAGGGUAUUCCAUAGGAAGGGAGCCGCUCGCAAGAAGUCCUGCAAGCGUGAGUUUGUGCGAGCAGCGGACAGGAGAAGCUCACGGGCAGAGCGGAGAGACCGAGAAGGGGCAUACCUAUGGAUCUGUGAAGAGAUAUAAGUGGGGCUAGAAUUGUUCAGUGCUUUAUAGGUAUGGGUUAGCACUUUGAAGCAAUCAUUACAGACUAUAGCGGGGAAAUACGGCUUUUGUGAAGACCAAUUAGGAGAGGUUUCAAUAAUCACUAGAGCAUGGACAAGAUCCUUGGUAGCAUCUUGAAUAAGAAAAGGGUGGACGCGGGCUAUGUCUUUAAGAUGUAAUCCACAGGAUUUGGCAACAUACAGGAUGUGAGGCCAGAGUCAAAAAUGACGCCAAGACUGCACGCUUGCAAGGAUGGACUUAUGUGGAUACCACUUAUUUGAAGGGAGAGCGAGAGAGGAAGAUCAGUAUUAGGAGGAGGAAAGACAAGGAGCUCAGUUUUAGAGAGAUGGAGUUUCAGAAAGCGGGAGGACAUCCAGUCAGAGAUGGAAGAAAGGCAAGCAGUGACACGUUGCAGGACGGCAGGGGAGAGGUCCGGGGAGGAGAGAUAUAUCUGGGAGUCAUCAGCGUACAGGUGGUAGUGGAAUCCAAAAGAGGUAAUAAGUUUUCUAAGAGAGGCAGUAUAAAGAGAAAAUAGAAGGAGACCAAGGACAGAGCCUUGGGGGACCCCAACCGAGACAGGACGAGGGGAGGAGGUAUCAUUAGAAAAGGAGACGCUGAAUGAGCGUUGGGAGAGAUAAGAGAAAAACAACAAGAGGACAGAGUCACAGAGACCGAGUGAUUGAAGAGUUUAAAGUAGGAGAGCAUGAUCAACUGUGUCAAAGGCAGCAGAGAGGUCAAGAAGAAUUAGUAUGGAGUAGUCGCCUUUGGAUUUAGCUGCAAUUAGGUCGUUAGUAACUUUGAUAAGAGCAGUCUCAGUAGAGUGGAGAGGGCGGAAGCCAGAUUGAAGAGGGUCAAUAAGAGAGUUGGAAUUGAGGAAGCGAGAUAUACGAGUAAAGACAAGUCUUUCCAGAAGCUUUGAGGAGAAAGGGAGCAGGUAUAUGGGACAAUAGUUAGAGGGGGACGACAGGUCAAGAGAUUUUUUUUCAGGAUAGGUACUAGAGUGGCAUGUUUAAGGUCAGCUGGGACAAUGCCAGAAGAGAGAGAGAGCAGUUGAAGAUGUGUGUUAAGGAAGGUGCAAGACAAGGAGAGAGAGAUCUGAUACGGUGAGAUGGGUAGGAUUGAGUGGGCAAGUGGUGGGGCGUGAGGAACGGAGCAGCACAGCCACCUCUUGUUCAGUAGCUGGGGAGAAAGUCUGAAGGGUAGGAAAGGCAUGAUCUAUGUGUGGUUGAGAAAGAGAAAGGCAGGGUGGAGAGAAUUCUUUCCUUAGCUAAAUGUAGCGUAGCAGAAAUUGUUUUCACGAGGAGAAUAAUUAUUCUCAUUUAUUAAGUUCGAUUAAAAGCAUAUUGUUUUGCUUUGUAAAUCAGAAGGAUCAUAAGUUAAUCUGACUAUAAAGCCUCACAUGGUUAAACCCUAAUAAUAAUAGCAAUUUUCUGCUGUGAUAAUAAUUUUUCUGUACAUAUAAGCAUAACUAUUAUAUUUAAUGCAUCUAUGUGUUAGUAAGACAUGAACAUAGCUGCUUUUUUAAGGAAGAAAAGAUAAUAAAUAUAUAGUAACAAAAUCAACAAAUAGGGGUGUAUAAUCAUUAACAUACAAGGGGUAUAAUGAGAGUAAAACAAAUAAAAACAUAACUGCUACUUUAAUUCAUACAGUUUAUAAGACAACCAGUCUGUGAAAGUAUAAAACCUUUUCCAUAUUUAGUAGUGAUUGUGCCAACCAUAAACAGACACCUAUUUUAUCAAACCUGUCUGGCGUAGAAUCUGGCUAAUUUCCUUUCAAUUUGAACUGAUGUAGAACGGGUUCCACAGAGCAGUAAAAUGACUUCAUGUUGAACACGUGCCAUGUAGACUUUCUUUAUGUUGAAACGAUUGUUUAUCGUGUGUAUACAUUGAAAUCUGCCAACCUAAUUUUAAAACCAGAUCUGGCAGGACGAGUUAUAGUAAACUUGAGCCAGAUGGUAGCGUUUGGUAAACAGGUUUCGGACCUGUUACGUUGUUUUGCUGAAUAUGCACUAUGUAACUGCGGCUUAAACCCUCAAGCAUUGAAUAAGCAACACAUGGGCCAAUGCAGAAGGGGGUUUAAAUUGUAAAAACUCUUUGAUUUUUUUUUUAUUUGGUCUUAAGAAAAAAAAAUAUUGUAUAUACAUUCUUUUGCAAAUCUUCCAUAGCCCACAAAAAUAUCCAAAAAGCUUAAGAAGAAAAACUGUUAUGUAAAUCAAGAUAAAAGAUGACAGGCAGGGGCACUUAGUAGGUUUUAUUCAGAUUAUUUUGUGAUAACGUUUAAAUCCAGAGCUUAUAUGAUUUCCACCUCUAUAUAAAUAUGCAUUUAAUUCUCCGUGUAUGAUGGUGGUAAGAUAUUCAAUCAGCAUCUCUUAAAGGAAACCUGAUAUAUAUAUAUAUAUAUAUAUUUAUUUAUUUUAUGGUAUAAAAUAAAAGUGUUCAUGCAUUAUAGUCUCUGACCAAAGAGAAAUUAGAGAUGACUAUUAUCACAUAGCAAGGAUUAGCUCUAAGAGAGACACUGAAAAGAGGUAUUUACUUAUAUGUAUGACAUUGAUAAUAAUACACACAGAGGCUGUCAUAUGUGUAAUAUUGUGUUUCAAAUAACAAAAAACAUGACAGAUUUCCAGUUUUCCUAUACCUCACACCUGGACUCUAGUGAUCUUUCUGUGCAGUUUUAACCAUGAGUUUGGAAGAUGUUCAUCAUAAUUUUGUGUCUGAUAUAAUAUGAUAUGAUUUCCUACCUGUUCCCAUUUCUAGUUUUUAAUCUGUUUAUUUUGUUUUAGGAAACAAAACAGGAAAACUCCAAAGGAAGAGGAAGGAUUGCACAUUGGCAAGGCAGAUAUUGCAGUAUUAGAAACAGGAGCAGUUGUGAUCUAGUGACAAACCUGUAUUUGAAUGGGCUUGGAAAGUGUUUCUUUUGGAGAACUGCCUUUUAAAAUUCCCACAAUCCCUUUCCUUUCCAUCUGUGUUGAGAAAAAAAAAAAAAAACAUAAGGAAACUAUUUUGUAUGAAAAUACAGUGAGUAAUAUAUUAAAAUAGCCAAGUGUCUUCCUUUUCAAAAAUGGAAAAAAUGAAGUAGUUAUGUCAGAUGCUAAAUACAUAUAUAUAUAUAGGAAAAAAAACUCCUGCAACUCAUCAAUAAUAGCAUUUGGUUAUUUUACAGUCAAAGAACAUUAAAUACCAAACAUAAGUUAGGUAGAUAGUUUGGUUUUCAUGAAAAGUUAAAAGAUUAUGAAAAUAUAUAUUACUAGUUCAAAUCUUGUAGAAAGAUUUUGAUCUGUACAGGAGGUAACAUGGAAGUGGGCAUGAUGCUGAACUCCAGUCUAACUUCACAGACCUCGUUAGGCGAUCCUGUGUUGUCACAUGGACGGUCUUGUGAUUUUGUAGAUUCAGAGAAGAAUGGAAAAGCUGGACAUGAACCCUGGAUAAAUAAUUAUGAAGCCCAAGAUGAGAGUUCAGGUCUUGGUGAAAAAAUUAUUACCAGCGAAAUCGCAAAGGAGAACAAAUGUAAUGAAGACUUUGAAAUUGUAACUUCCAGUUGGACAGUAGUUGAAGACGAUAAAUCAGAGGAACCAACAAAUGUGAAAUUGGUAACCAAUGAUGAAGAAAUAUUAAGUUUGGCAGGGUCAACUGAUGAAUCUCCAAAGAUAUCUAAUACAAUUUUGGUUCAAGAAAAAAUAGGAGAUGACCUCAGCUUGGACCUAAAACAUCUAUCAAGCACCAAAGGGCAAUCUUCCAUUUAUCAAUCUAGGAAGGCAUGUAAGUUCAUUGUUCCCACGCAAAUCUUUUCCAUUACAUUAUAUUUCUCCAUACAUCCAUGCAUUAAUAUCCAGUUUAGUCCAAUUAAAAGGAUAUUUAAGGUCAACAGGUAUGUAUUUGACUGUGUUUGUAUGUGAUUGAAUGUGUCUAUGUAUGUAGGUGACUGUAUAUAUAUAUAUAUAUAUAUAUAUAUAUAUAUAUAUAUAUAUAUAGCUGAGUUUAUGUGAUUGUGUUUGUAAAUGUGUCUAUGCAUGAAUGUGACUUUGUGUAUAUGUAUAUGUGUAUUUAUUGGUGGGUUACAGUGGGUCACUGCUUGAGAACCAGGAUACCCAGGUUCAAGUCCUGGUCAAGAAUACAUUGGUGGUACUGACAUAAUUCUACCAAAUUUUAUAUAUUAAUCAUAAAGAAGGAAUUGAAAAUGCAUAGACAGGCUCAUUUGUAACCCAGGUUGGCUAAUGUGCCUCUCACUUAUAAUAAACAAGCUCAUGUGUGAUAAUGUUUGUCUUUCGGUCUUCUUGAUGGUCAAUUGCAAAUUUGGUGGUUAUUAUGUUAGUUUAUUAAAAGGUUGUAUAUGCACAUACAUAUUUCAUAUAUUUUAUAUGUAUAUUUGCAUCUAUAUAUACAAAAUAAAACAAUGUCUGCUGAUAUUAAAAAUAUUUAGAUGGAUAUUUGAAGCAUGUCUUUUUCUACACCUGGAGCACAGAUGUAGCCUACAUAGAAGCAGCUUUGAAUGCUAUGUUGCAAGCAAACUGAUUUGUAUUGAGAUAAAUAAAACUUCAACACACUUUUCUCAUUAAAUAGAGAAGUAAAAGAAAAAAAGAUAUAAGCUCAUGGGAUUCAGCUGGAUUUGAUGCCUAUAACAUAGUCCAAAAAACACAAAAGACAUAGAAAUAUAUCAGUACACAUAUCAUCGGCUAAAUAUAGACAUUCCUUGGAAGAAUUAAAAAUAAAUUAAUUUGAGACCCUUGAAAAUAUUGUCCUUUAAAACAGGGUUGACAAAUUCCAGUGUGUUCUAGUUUUCUGAACCCACUUCUGAUGCUUUAAUAAUAAAUCGUCUACUCUUUUGCAUCAUGAUGUACAAGAAGAAAAUAAGGGUGAAGUUAUGGUGGUCUAACAUAAAAAAGAAAUAUGAUCACAGAUCUAUCUUAUCAUUCCUAGUGUGGUACUGCUGUAUUAUUUCAGGUUAUGUCAAUGAAUGAACCAACCAAGGAAAAGGGUAAACAUAGACCAAGUAACAGAUAAAACAGGAGGAUAGUAACAUAUGAGUAGAGUAACCUUUGCAGCAAGAGAUGUGUGUUCCUUGCUACUUCAAUUUUAAGCCAUGGCAGACACUAUGCCCAGCUGUUGAUACAUUACGUGUUUCAUUCCCCUUCCAUCAUAUGUAUUAUGACAACUUUGACGUCACAAGAGGGUCACAUUUUGACUAAUGCUGCCCUUAAUGCCAACAACUGAGAUGAAUCUCUGUCAGUUGGCAUUGUGUGGCUAAUCUCCAUGCAGCUCCUGUAGUUUGAUCACCCAUUGCUAAAACACUUGGGUUCAUUUCUAACUUUUUCUCUAAAUAUCUGCCAUCAUUAUCAACAGAUUUCUAUCCUUAUGGCCUACAUUUAGUAAUGUAUACCCCAAAUGAUAGUGAUUGCAACACUAACUUAGCAUAGCAUUACCACACGGGAGAAUGCAGGACAAUGCUCUGUGCAAUCCUAUGUCUCCUCUGCAGCAGUGAACAGCACAGGAAAAUAUUACUUAUUUAUUUUUAUCAUUCACUUAACAAAGUAACCCCUUCAAUUAAUACAGAGAAACGUAUUUGACCCCAUCCUUUACCCCAUAUGCAGUGGGUUAAGGGUAAUAAAUGUGGUCCUAGGAGAUGUCUCUUGGGCAGCUGUAAUUAUUGUGGCAUAACAGAGCCCAGAAGACGCUCAGUUUCCUUGGCCCAUAUGGUCCCAUAAAACUUUCUACAAAAGGGCUUAGGGAAUUGGGUAUCUCCUGGAAACCAGCCAGUAAGUAGCAGUUAUUGGCUCCCAAUAUACCCCAAGCGAGCCAUUAACAGUAGCUGCAGCCAUUAAUUCCUUGUCACUAAAUGUGAAAUUUACCAUUUGGCAAUCAACUGCUACUUGAUAACACUAGCAUCUGCUGGUAAAGCUUAGUGACAUGUUUGGAAACAAGCCCUUAGUACAUUGCCCAAGGAUACAGAGUGUAGCUCUACAUACGCCCUGUCUGGCUGUGCCCUAAAAUGGAAAUCCCCACUGGAUUUUGAGAUAAAACAAAAUGUUCCCAUCUCUCCUAAGCCCAGUCUUAAUUAUUAUACAACCAGGUGCCUAAUAACAAGACACCCUCUAUUAAACCUGGACACAUAGAACAAAAGUUCACUCACUGUUAUAGUUAUAUUCUCAUCGGCAGGGUAUUCAACACCUUUUGAACUGAAUAACAUAAAUGUGUUUUAUGUUUCAUACUCUUUUACUGCAUGUAAAGCGUUGCGGAAAUAUGGGUGCAUCACAAAAUGUUUUAAAUUAUUUAGGAUGCAACUAAUUCUGAAUUUAGAAGUAGAAUAAUAUGUCAAAGGCGUGCAUGGUAAUUAUGUCUUUUUUUUUUUUUUUUUUUAGAAAUCAUAAACAGGUCCAAAAAAAAUAAAAAAAAUUCUGUAAAUGCCACCAUUAAUCUCAAGAUGUUGAAAUAGCAAAUUUUAGUUAUUCUGAGACAUAAAUAAAAUAGCACAUUUCCUCACCUUGGCACCUUGCAUGCCAUCUCACAUUCCAAUCUGCUUUAUAUAAUUAUCCCUUGAUUUUCCUUGACGGCUUUAUAAUUUGUCUUUUUUUUUUCAGUUUGACUCACUUAACUCUAGCUAUUCACAUGACUAGGCAGCAAAGGGAUUUUUUUUAGAUAAUUACUCAGGUAAUCACUCUACAGUUAAAAUGGAAUUUUUAAGAUAAACACAGAUAUGUAAUGUUUUGGCACUGACUGCAUAACUGAAAUUCAUUCUUUUCAGCUCCAGAGAAAUGUACACCUACAUUAUAUUAUAGUCUGGAGAAGCAUAAUUAACUUAUUGAAUGCUGGAGGGUUAUGCUGUAUUGUGAAACUUGGUAUUCAUGAGUAUAGUCAAAAGGUAGUUAUCAACUACUUGUGCUGCUACAUCUCCCAUGAUACAUUGCCAAACACCUGUUGCUCCACAAUAGGUAGACAAAAAAAAUUAUAUAUUAAUAACGAUUAUUUCUUUGAAUGGAAUAUAUUCUGAAAACAAAAACAAAAAAAAUGAAACAAAAAAAUAGAAUAUAUGCUGGUUAAUUGUAAGAAUAAAUUCACCCACCAAGUAUUAGCUAAUCUGAUUUUCAAUGAAACCUAGAGCAACAUGUGUUAGUUAUUUCUUUAAAUACUUACUACAGAGUAAUCCAAUGUUGCAAUAGUUAUAAAAUCUACAAUCUGCAUUGUGUCCCGCUGCUACUAGGUAAAGUACAAGAUUAUCUGAAAAAAAAGAUCAAUUUCCCAUUAAUUACCAAAAAGUGCUUUAAAGGAACAUUACAAAUAUGUAUUUGUGACACUAUAGGUCUAAAUAGCCAAAAAGGUGAGUAAAAUACAAUUUAAAAGGUAAGGCACCUAAAGAGUGAUUUUUACACUAUAGUGCAGGGGUCCUCAAACUCCAGCCCCCCAGAUGUUGCUGAACUACAACUCCCAUGAUUCUCUGUCUAUCCAUGUAAUUCAAAGAAUCAUGGGAGUUGUAGUUCAGCAACAUCUGGGGGGCCGGAGUUUGAGGACCCCUGCUAUAGUGUCAGGAAUAACUGACACUACAGUGUUUUUUAAAUUAUUUUUCCAUGGGGUAAGCUGUAGUGUUUAGGGUGCCUAGACUGUUUAUUUAACCCCUUAAGGACUAAACUUCUGAAAUAAAAGGGAUUCAUGACAUGUCACACAUGUCAUGUGUCCUUAUGGGGUUAAAGUUGAUGUAACUGAUGAUUUCGCACAGGUUGUUAUAUAUAAAAGUAAUAUAACUUUUUUUUUAUUUUAGUAAUUGUUACUGUCUUUUGUGAUCUUUAUACUCUAGUGCCAUUUUCAUGUUUGUGAAAAGGUACCUACACGCUUUAUACAUUAAAUAUUGCUGUGAAAAUCCUGUCACAGCAACAUUGGUGGCGAAUUAUUUGAUGAACAUUGCCACUGAGUGACUCUUUAUAACAAAUUGACAAAUGUUGGAACACAAGCCACCAGCCGAAUGUGGCAUAAUAAAAAAAGUAGCAGACAUUUUACUAUAUAAAUAAAAAUAUAAAAUCUACUAUACAUAGUAAUAUGGAAUUGUUGGGGAGAGAAGUUGAAGUUUUGGGACAGGGAAAGUAAUGAUGAAACAGUUACAGGUUAGAUCACAGAUUCCCAAAAUCGGUCCUUAUAAAUUUUUACUGCAUACUCAGCGGUUGGGAUUAUGUGAGAUUAUAUUCAUUAAGUGUUUACAAUUGGCCACCAUAUGUUGUUUAUUAAAUAAGGCUAGAACUUUUUUCCAGCUCCGCACAGUUCCAAUGGCACUGGCCCCGCACACACUCCGCCUCUUUGGCUGAGAGCACCAGAAUUGACAAUCUCAGCCAAUCCAAUACUUUACCAUAGGAAAGCAUUUAGAAGGUAUUGCACAUCAACUCCGUCUGAGUGACUGCCUUUAGAGGUGUUCCUAGCAGGGUACCUGUAAGGCGACCUAGACAGCCGCCUAGGGCGCACCUUUGCAGGGGGCGCCGGAUCCCUGCGCCCGGCGGCUCCUCAUGCUGCGCUGCCUGAGCGCUUUUACAAGCCUCAGGCGGCGCAGCACUGCUGUGGAGGGUGGCCAGAUUUCAGUGACCGGCAGGAGGGAAGCGCAGAGCGAUCCCUCCCGCCGAUCUCUCGUGUAGCGUGGCUGAGCGGCGCGGAACGCGGGACACAGGAAACAGAGGUUCCUGUUGCGCGCCGCCCAGCCACGCUACAUACGCGGGAGGGAAGAGGAGGGGCGGGUACAGGAAACAAAGGUUCCUGUCCCACGUUCCGCGCCGCCCGGCCACGCUACAUACGCGGGAGGGAAGAGGAGAGCAAGGAUCACAGGGGGAGGGGGGGAAGGUAAGGACCACAGGGGGAGAGGGGUAGGCAAGGACACAGGGGAGGGGGGUAAGGACCACGGGGGUGGCAGGAAGGCAGGAGAGAGGGGACCACCAGCACCCAGGGGAUGAGGAGGAGAAGUAGGACCACCAGGAAGGGAAUGACCACAGGAAGGAAGGGGAGGAGGAGAGGGGGUAGUAAGGACCACAGGGAGAGGAGGACCAGGGGAGAGUAAGACCACCAGAGGAGGAAGUAAGGACCACUGGGGGAGGAGAGAGGGGAGUAGGACCACUGGGAGGGGAGGGUAAGGACCACUGGGGAAGGGGGGUGAAGGAACACAGGGGGAGGGGGGCGGGGAGUAAGGACCACUGAAGGAGGGGAGGUAAGGACCACAGAGGGGGGAGGUCCAUUAAGGGGUUUGGGAGAGGGUGGACCACUAAGGGGGGAAAGGAAAACCAAAGGGGGGUAAGUAGGGAGGACCACUAAGGAGAGGGAGGAGGGUAAGGACCACUAAGGGGUGGGAGAAAGAGGAUAAUGACCACUGAGGGGGGAGAUUACCACUAAGGGGGUGGGGGGAGGAGGGGAAUGUCUACUAAGGGGUUUGGGAGAGGGAGGACCACUAAGGGGAGGGAUGGAGGACCACUAAGGGGGAGAGGGGGGAGUGAGAAGACCACCAAGGGGGGACUACAGGGGGCCAAGGGAGAGCACUAAGGGACAGGAGGGAAGGGGAAAUCAAUAAUUGACAGGAGGGUGAGCACUAUGCAAAAAAUUAAAAAAAUAAAGAGCUGCUCCCCUCUCAGUCCCUAUCUUACCCCACAAACCCUCUCUUUUACACUACACACAUACACAAUGCAUCCCCCCCCACUCACACACACACACACAGAAACAUACAAUGCAUUCCUACUCACACACAGACACACCCGAAACACACAAUGAAUCCCUUACGUUCACACAAACUCAUUCUCUUAUACACAGAAACAAAAUGCAUCUCUUACACAAUCAAUGCAUCCCUUACAGACACACACUGCAUUCAAUUAAAUACACAGAAACACACCUUGCACCCCUUACACACACACACACACACACACCCAGAAACAUACAAUGCAUUCCUUACAUACAAACACACACUGCAUCCCCUAUAAACACACUACAUCCCUUACAGAAAUUGGUAUCCCUAUACACUACAUUCUAUAAGAACACACACACGUUGCCUCCUCUACAAUAACACAUAAAACAUCCCCUACACACAUACACUCCACUUCCUGUGAGAGAACUCACGGGUGGGCCAUGUAGGUGGAUUUAUGGGUGGGCAUUGUAGGCAUACUCACGGUCAAGCCCUGGGGACCCAGACCUUGAGCUGUGUAAGGGGCCCUAAAAAAUGGAACUGCUUCAUGUUCGUUAAUUGUUGUGAGCACUGUUAAAAACAGUCUCCAGAGAGCCUUUUCUACACUAGACCUGUGGAGCCAGACCGAGCCCAUCAUCAGCCUCUUGUCCUCAUCUGGUGGUAAGUAGGCAAUCCAAUAUAUUAUUAGUGGCACUAAUCUCUAAUUUACUUCACAUUAAAUGGAUACUAUAGUCACCAGAAGCACUACAGCAUAAUGUAGUGGUUCUGGUGUCUAUAGCCUGUGCCUGUAGGCUUUUUAAUGUAAACACACUGUCUUUUCAGAUAAAAGACACUUUGUGAAGACUGGCGUUGGCCCAUAUGGCAGAGCAUAUGGGCGGGGCAUUGUGAUGUCACAUGGUGGGCAGGACAUGGGGGGGGCGGCAAAAAAUGUUUUGCCUAGGGCGGCAAAAAUCCUUGCACCGGCCCUGGUUCCUAGGCAGCAAUGGAAACACUGCCUUUUCUAUGGAAAGGCAGUUUUACAUGAAAAUUCCUGCAGGGACAGGGAGUAGAUGCCAGAACAACUACAUUAAACUGUAGUUGUUCUGAUGACUAUAGUGUGCCUUUAAGGUAUUUUCCAGAAUUUAUUUUAUGUUAAUCAUAUUACACUUGAAGAAUCUGUCACUGAUAUCAUUUUCCAAUUAGAGAAUGUGUCACUAAGAUUAUUUUCCAGUUGAAUAGUGUGUCACGGAAAAUGGGUUGCAAAGCUAAAACUAACUACAUCAUAUUGGUCCAUGACACCAUGACAUUAACAAGGUUAUUCACUAAAGUGAGAAUUGUCAUGAAUGCAAUGUGAAUUUCAAAUGUAAGGUCAAAGUAGCUGAACUAGAAGCACUGCUGACUUGAAGAAUAUUUCCAUUUCAGCGAUUUUUCUCUUAAAGGAACACUAAUGUGUAUUCACAAUGCUAUAGUGUCCUUGUCAUUGUUCAGGUUCCCCCCUCCCCGCAUGAGUUGAAAAGUUAUUUUAUUUACGUUGUUUCCCUUGCCUCACUGUUCUAUGCAUUGCUGGCUGCGCUUCUAUGACUAUAAUAAGUCUUGAUGAUCUCUACCAAUUCAGUGCUUUCCCAAAGAAAAGCAUUGGGAGGCUGGAGUGCAUGCACGGCAAUAUUCCCUGCUGUGCCAAUCAGAUGGUCUCAGUCAUAAGCAAUCACCUGACUAUGAGACCAUCUGAGUUUCACUCUGCUAUUUCUUUGGUAAUGCAGGGUUUUAAGGCACUUCAGGCAUUAAAACCCUGCAAUGUAAAUAUCGCCAUUCUCAUUGAGAUAAAGUGGUCUGGGUGCCUAUGGAGUCCCUAAAAUUUAAAAUUCGCUUUCAAUUCAUUUUUCAUUUCUGACUUUCAUGAAUAACCUGUUAAAGGAUAAGUGAGUCUGGGUUGGUCUAGUCAUUUUUGCCGUAGAUCAGUGAUAGUUAAAGGAACAAAUGUAUAUUCCUGUUCCUGACCCUAUAGUGUUUAAAAACAUUUUAGGUGGCCUGCCCCUCUUAAAUAGAGUUAAAACUUACUUUAAUUCCAGCGCCUUGAGGGUUCACCGUUGUUGGCUUUGACAAUGCUCCGCCCCCUUGGCUGAGAUAAUCAUAAUUGACAAUCUCAGCCAAUCUAAUACUUUUGCAUAGGAAGUCAUUGGGAGGAAAUCAGGCAUGCACUGCAAAACCUUGCACUGCAGUAAUCAGCAUUUCCUCACAGAGUUGCAUUGAAUCAGUUUACCUCUAUGGGGAAUGUUCAACACAGAGACACUGAACAUCAGUGUUUACCCAGGAACCACCUCUAGUGGCCAUCUGAGUGACUGUCACUGGAGGUGUCCCUAGGCAGUAAUUUUUGCCUUUUUUUCUGAAAGGCAGUGUUUAUAUUUAAAUGCCUGCAGGGUCAGGCUAAAGACACCAGAACAACUACAUUAAGCUGUACUUAUUCUAGUGACUACAGUCUACCUUUAAACCUGGUAUAAUUGUAGUUUGUUCUAACUAGUUGGAUCAUAAACAUAUGUCUCAUGCCCUAUGCAUCUUCAAUAAUAAAUGAUUUACCAGAGCAGCAUUGCCUUUUUAUAAAUGCAGCGGAGACCCUCUGGACACUGAAAAGGUCUUUGCGUAAUUUCUGCUUUGUGACUUUUUAUUUUACAAUUGAAGAAUGGGUCACUGAGCAAGUGUAAUGCAUGUAAUUUGGUUCCCUGCCAAAAAGUUAUGAGCUACUCAUGUAGAUAGAUGUGCACUGGUGAUUUGUCUGUGAGCUGAGGUGUAAUAACCCAACCAGCGCAGUGGGCUGUGAUGGUGCUGUGUCCAUCGUACCAAUGUGUCAAUGAAAUAUCCUCAUGUAGUAAAAGUGCAGUGAGGUGUAAUAAAUGUUAUGUAAUAAAGGUUAGCUGCACAAUGCUACGCAAGACAUACAUAAUAAUCAAUCGUAAUUGACCAUAUAUUUUAAACUGAUAUCUCUGUAACAGGAUCCUGGCAUCUUGUACCAUGUACAGUGCCAGCACUUUAGGCUUAGGAACAAUACCCAUACAAAUGAGACUGUCAUUCUCUGUUCUUAAUGUCUGGUAGCAGAAGGUGUACUUAUGUGUGCCACAGCAUAGACGUGGAAGUUGAGAUAGGGGUCAGCAAAUUACACUAGUACAGGAGUUGGCCACCAUUGACACUCCAGAUGUUGUGAACUACAUUUCCCAUAAUUCUCUUACAGCUGUAAUGCUGGCAAAGCAUCAAGAAAAAAUGCUGUCCACAACAUCUGGUGUGUCGACUGCCUACCCCUGCACUAGUAUAUCACAAAGAAGGCACCAGGACCUUGGGAAAAUGUACAACCUGCAGAUAUCUCAGUGAGUUAGUGGAGAGAGGGGAAACUGUGUUACAAGCAGGGAAGGCAUUGGAGAUAGCAAAGGUUCUUAUUAUUUAUAUAGUGCCCACAUAUUACGUUCAAAGAAUAUAGUGGGGAUAUAUAAAUAGAUUAACAAUUACUAGUGAGUUAUUGGGCUAUAGAAAGACAGUCAACAAUAGUGGGAAAGAUAACCACUUUUGGGAACAAGGAAGACUUUUUUUGUUGUGAUAGAAAGUUGAAAAAAAACUUUUGGAGUUUUUCCAACCUUACUGUAAAACUAUAAAAAUGGAACAGAAAGGCAUGUUUUUACACACACUGAAGAGAAAUGAAAUUGAAAGAAAAGAUGAUCUAGUGGGUAGACAGAGCGAGAGAUGACAAGGACCCCAGAUAAAUGAGACAGAGAGCCUAGAAUAAGAGACAGCCUGGGUGAGUCAGUAGGCCCCCCUCAGUCAGCGUAGAGGGAGAGGGAUGUUUUGACAGACACAGCCAGUUGCAGGGCUGCUGUGGGACAUCCAAUCCGCCUGCUCUGAGCAGAGGAGGGGAAUGCUGUUAAAUGAACAGAGUCUGGCUGUAGCAGUGCACACUGACUGCAGGCAGCUGGAAUCACAGAGCGCUGAAAGGUGAGGCAGACAGAGCGCUACUUAUUGCUACAGGGGGGUGAGGCAUGGCUCUAAGUGAUGGCAGGGGGGUACACACUGCAUAUACAUUGCCUUUAACCCUGUAUGUGCCAGGAGAGCUCACAGAUAUGGAAUGACUUGCUGGUGCCUUCCAUCUGUUGGUUACUGGAUAGAGAGACAGAUAGAUAGAACAGACAGCUGAUAACGACAGGCAGACUGACUGACAGACAUCAAUUUGUUUUUACUCAUUUUAGUAAAAUAGACAUGUAAGAUCAUUUUACAUUAUUUUCACAAUGUAUCUUUUCUCUCAGUAUAACAUGAUUUAUUACACAGUACAUUUCUGUUAUGUUUUUUUAUAAGUAUUUGCCAUUUAUGUUUGCUGUUAUUAUGAUGUUUGGGAGAUCUGAAACAUCCUGCUUGAUAGCAAGUUUUACAAAUCCAAGGCAUAAAAACUGUACAGAGCUUUAACUCCAAUGCAGUAACACUCUCAGAGCUCCUAGAUAUAUGGAAAGUCAUUGUAGUGUAUGACCUCUAUGAAAUAGCUUAGAAGGGGGUUCAUCUGUUUCUCUAUAUCACACCUUACUAUGUAUCCAUUAUAGAGUUCUAUCGUCUUCCUGUUUCAAUGCAACUGUUGCUUAGUUCAGCCUCAUCUCUCUGUAACACUGCCUAGUCCUCACACACAAUUUAAUCUCCAGAAAAGCUCUUUAAGUUAAUCACAGAUGAGGAAAUGUAAGGUGUAUGAGAUGUAAACAUGGGUCAUUGAUCAUGAUGUGCAGACUUUGUUUAUAAAUUGCAUUGCGUGUCUAUUCUAUGACCAUAUUUUCCCUAGUUCCAGCUAUUUGUAUCUUGUGCCACCCCAAGCCUUCUUGUGUCAGUAUCUGUCUCUGUCUGUACUGUUUAUUGUCUUGCUCUACAAGCCUGAUCUACUCUUAUUACAGUGUUAUGCUGCUCUAUAAUGAUCAUAUAUUAUUCAGAAGCAGAGGCUGGAGUGGGGAGGGGAGGGGAAAGGGGCUAGUGACUUUAAAAUUAAUUAUGUAAUAGAGUAUAUCUCAGGAGGGUCAUGUUGGCUGAAUAAAACCAUAUUGUAAAAUGCAUGUUUUGCUCAUUUUGUUGUGGUGGUUGGUGGUGGUGGUGACCACUGCAUUUCACAAUUUAAGACAAAAUAGUUUAGUUGGAAACUAUCUCCAAGUCAUCUGAUUUGGAAUUGUUGCCAGUUGUCAGCUUAUCACAGUGUCACUGUUUAGUGUGCAAGUCAAUGUCUUUUUAUAGCUAUGUGUUACUGUCUAGGUCAGUGUUUUUCAUCUGCCUGCCUUCAAGUUGCCCUUCAUCUAAAGGUUUCAUCAUCAUCAAGCAGCUUUUGGCGACAGGUUAGAAAGGGUAUGGUUGUACUCCAAGAGCAUCUGUGAAUUGACAGAUUGCUUAGCUCUUAGCUUGGUUGAAUGCUUCUGUUUCUAUCUGUAUUUCUGAGAAAAUAUGUCUAUUUUUUGCAUGCACUUCUGUUUUCUCAUGUGUUUUUGCUUUAGUAUUGUUAAUAGGAAUGCUCCUUUCUGGCUCGUUGAUGCUCUGGUAAAAUGAUACCAGUCUGUGUAUGUGUCUCAGGCGAUGGAAACUGGGAAUAGUAAUUGGAGGCAAAACAGCAGCUGGUGCUUCUGGGCUGCAGAGAGCCCAGGCCUCUGAGAAUCUUGGGUUAAGUGGUGAGUGUGCCAGGAGUGGGUCAAUCUGUGAUGCAAACACUGUCCUUCACCCCUCUUUACCAGCCUCAGCUGCCUGUUGUAGGUUAAGCUCAUUUGAAAUUCAUUAGAGGGUUUGGCUUGGAAUUACUGGAGGCAUGGAGAAGUUGCACAUGCUAUAGUGGAUAUCCCUUUAUGUUUGUCACCUAGGCAUGAUCCCUUUUUGUUAUAAAACCACAACUUCUAAAAAUCUUUUGAAAGCCUAGAACACAGCAUAUGUUUUGCAAGGCUUCUUGGGAAUUGUAGUUCUGUUACAGAUGGCGGCCUAAUACAUGACUAUCCCCGCUUCACAAAUUUCUUCAAACUUGAUGGUUGUUGUAAACAGCUGUAGAGGAACUGUGUACAUCAAAAACCUAUAGAACAAAGUGUGAAAUGAUUGACAAUAUAUAAUAAUUCCCUCUGUGUAUCUCUCUGUGCUGACAUUGUCCUCCCCCUAGCAGAAAUGAGUUGUAUUCAUGGUGUGAAUCCUUCUGCACAGAUUCAGUUAUAAAUGGGAUUUCACCUUUAAAGUUCAUCAUAACACCUGGCUGUACUGUGGAUCCAUGUUCCUGGCCAAAUACUACUUCAGUAGCCGAAUGCUUAAUGAUUUUGCCAUGCAAUAUCAUGUUCUACGGACCUAGACUGCGACUGGCCAUAUAGACUUGUUACAGUUACAUGGAAUGUUUUGGGUUUGCCAUUGGAAUACUGAUUUGAAAAAUGUAGGUCACAAAAGUGGAGUUGGAAAUAAAUUUUCCAAUUUAACUAUAGUUAGUCACUGCUCGGCUAUUUUAGCCUGAUUUUACAUCACAGUUCACUCUUUAGUAACCAAGUCAUUAUGUAACAAUACUCGAUGAGUUCAAAACUGACAGAAAUGGCAUUUGCUUGCAGUUGAAGCAAUAUUUAAAAUAGUGUCAACAAGCUAGUUUUUAUAGAUACGAUUAUUUCAUUAUAAAGCUGCUUAAAAUAUAUUCUAUUAACAUUUUAGAAAAUGUCACGGACACGGCAUAGUUUAAAUUUCGUAUUAAAGAUAGAAUUUUCACUUUGAGUUGUUUUAUUAUUUUUUAGCAAACGUGAUAUGCAUAGUAGUCUAAUGAAUAUUUAUGGACAUUUCACUGUGUUUAUGUUUUAUUUAGUAUUUUACUUGCUUUCGAAUGUCACCUGCACCGUGUGCUACAAUGUCACCUACUCACAGGCUAGUUAGUGAGAUAAAUUUACUCCUAUAUACUAUCCCAGUCAUCAUCUCUUGGCAUUAAUGGCUGACCUCUAAGGGUGUGGAAAAUAUGCUGGGGGCAGCCGGGCUAGUGUGAAAAGGACAGCCAGCGUUCUGCUUACUCAGCAAUGUGUGAUCCCUGACUGACUUCACCUGGCACACACAAUGCAGCAUGGGCAUAUUUAUAAAGGGUUUAUGGUCAGUCUAAUUACUAACAGAGCCUGCUAGUCAAGAGUCAUAUUCUAGUAUCCUAUGAAUAAUGUGAUGUAUUUACUAAUCGUGAAAAAAAAAUGCUGGUUGGUUGGGGCAAUUCACAUUAAAAUAGUCAACAUGUACAUGUUGAAUUUAAAAUGAUCACAGUAAUUACAGAGACUCUCUAUCUCUAUGUCACUGCAUUAAAUGGACACUAUAGUCACCUGAACAGCUUCAGCUUAACCCCUUAAGGACGGAGCCAAAUGUACACGUUGUGAACGAAACAAAAUAUAAACAAAACCUGGCAUUUGUGCUACAUGUCUGUCCAACCGUAAUUCGCUUAUGAAACAUAAUUUAAUAUGAAAAAAAUGGGAGAAAAUAAGAUUUUUUUAGUUCUACAUGACAUUUUAACUGUCAAUGUCAUAAUACUGUUUGCUUCUACUGCAAUAAAAUACACAUAUUUGUACUCAGCAAAGUCUCAUGUGUAAAACAGUACCCCCUAUGUACAGGCUUUAUGGCGUUUUGGGAAGUUACAGGGUCAAAUAUAGCACGUUACAUUUGAAAUUGAAAUUCGCCAGAUUGGUUACGUUGCCUUUGGGACUUUAUAGUAGCCCAGGAAUGAAAUUUACACCCAUAAUGGCAUGCCAUUUGCAAUACUAGACAACCCAAGGUAUUGCAAAUGGGGUAUGUCCAGUUUUUUUUGUAGCCAUUUGGUCACAAACACUGGCCAAAGUUAGCGUUAGUAUUUGUUUGUGUGUGAAAAAUGCAAAAAACGCAAAUUUUGGCCAGUGUUUGUGACUAAGUGGCUACUAAAAAAGACUGGACAUGUAUAUGUAUGUAUAUGUGUAUAUAUAUGAUCUAAGUAUAUAUUUUAUUUUUUUUUACACUUUUUAACUUUUAAUACUUUUAUUUUAUUUUAUUUCCAGCCAGCAGGGGGACUACCUGUCAUUACAGGCAGCACCAGUGCUGGCAAUGCUGCAGCCAGCUAUCCCGGCCAUGUGAUUGUGAGGUCCUCGCAAGGACCUCACUCUCACAUGGCCGGGGGGCUGUAAGAGGGAAGACCUGCUGCGGGGGGGGCUCCCUGGGAGUCCCCGCGAUCGCCGGCUUGGGACCGCCGGCGACCGGGCAAGUAAACAAAAACAUGAGGGCGUACUAUUACGCCCGGCGGCGUUUAGAGCCGCCUAAAAUAGGGCAUAAUAGUAUGCCCUCCGGUCUUAAGGGGUUAAUGAGGUUGUUCAGGUGAGAACUAUAGCUCCCUGCAGCCUUUCUCAUGUAAACACUGUAUUUUCUGAGAAAAUAUUGUGUUUACAUUGAAAGCUAGGAACGCCUCCAGUUGCAGUCACUCAGAGUGAACCAGAGGGACUUCGGAGUUGAUGGAUGCAUAAUAUGCCUCCAUCCACUCAGAUCUGCAGUCAUCAGAGCACAGGGCGGCACUGUGCACAGCAUCCUGUGAUUCAGUGUCUCCUCCCUCUGCAUGCAGACACUGAACUUUCCUCAUUGAUUCAAUUAAUCUCUAUGAGGAGAUGCUGAUUGGCCAGGGCUGUGUUUGAAUCAUGCUGGCUCUGCCCCUGAUCUGCCUCUUUGUCAGUCUCAGCCAAUCCUAUGGGGAAGCACUGUGAUUGGAUCAGGAUACCACAUGUCAGCAGAUUGCUUGUUUUUCUGAGUCUACCAGCAUGCAGAGUUACAGCUUCAGGCUUGAAUACAGUAAGAUUUUUACUAUAUUUAUGGAUUCAUGAGGGGCCCAGGAGGGCUAGAUGGUGGUGUUAACACUAUAGGGUCAGGAAUACAUGUUUGUGUUCCUGACCCUAUAGUGAUCCUUUAAAUGAUUGUGGCAGCGUUUAUGACAGCAACUAUCCUAAAAUCAUUGGGAUCACGCAACAUUAAAUGUAGAUAACCCAACCCUAAGGUUCUCUUAAUCCUAAACCCAUUGUAACCAGCGGUGUAUCCUGGUUUCGUGCUGCCCUAGGCAGGACAAAACUCAGGCACCCCCCCGCGCUACCCCCACCUGCGCAACCGCCACCCAACCCUUCCCCCCUGCUCCGCCUUCUAAAUACACACACACACACAUUCACUGACAGAUACGCAUUCACUAGCUAACAGAAACACACACUCACUAACAGGCAAACACACUCACACACACACUAACAGACACACUAACAGACAGACACACACUAACAGACACACACACUAACAGACACACACACUAACAGACAGACACACACUAACAGACACACACACACAAUAACAGACACACACACUAACACUAACAUACACACACACUAACAUACACACACACACUAACAUACACACACAAUAACAUACACACACCCACUAACACUAACAUAUACACACACACACACUGACAGACACACACUAACACACACACACACUCACUUGUGUUUUUUUAUUUAUUUUUUAUUUAACCCCCCCAGCCUCCUUACCUUUGGGAAUGCUGGGGGGGUUCUUCCUCUCCCUGGGGUCCAGUGGCUGCCGGGCGGUCGGUCGGUCGGGCUGGGCGGGCGGGCGGGGCGGGCGGGCGGCGAGGGAGCUCUUCCCCUGAGCUCUCUGCUCAGCUCCCUCUCGUGCCGCCAGCAGAGUGAGGCUGGGAGCCGGAAAAUGACAUCAUAUUCCAGGUCCCAGCCUCACUCUGAGGCGCGCGAGGGAGCUGAGCAGAGCUCAGGGGAAGAGCUCCCUUGCCGGCCGCCCGCCGCUGCCCGCCCAGCCCGACCGGCAUGUCUGUUAGCCGAGAGGCUAACAAGGCAUUUGCUCCGGGCAUUUGGGGGCGGCUUUUUUGCCGCCCCCUGAAAAAUGCCGCCCAAGGCAAAUAGCUUGUUUGCCUCGCGGCUAAUACGCCCCUGAUUGUAACUCUAACUGCAAAAAAAACUAUACUUAAACACUCCCUAACCCUAUUAACCCUCUCUAAAUAACCUUGAAGACUCAGAACCCUUGAAAGAACCCUUGAAACCUACUCCAAAAUUUUAUUACCUUAUCUCCUCCCUAACCUUACCGCAAAGCGUUAUAAGAAAUGUUAACAUUUACUCCACAGUGAUGUCUUAAAUGCAUUUACGGUAAGGAGAGAAUAUAUUGGCUACACUGUAAUAAACCUUUAACCUAUUAUUGCUAUUUCUGCUACUUUGUGGCUUAUUUUCAGCUGUUAAUGCUGCGGAACAUCUUUGUAAGCAGUACUGUCAAUCAUCAUUGUGAUUCCUGCGUUUUGCUCCUUAUUAAAUGGAGUAGACGUAAGAAUCAAAGUGAUGAUUUACAGCUUGAAGCUGCAUUGAUACAGUCCCUUGUGGAGAAGUAAAGGCAACAUUUGAAGUGGCUUCAUUUAAAGACCACUUUAUUUGUAGCAGAGCUGUGUCCGCAGAAGUAUUUUGACCUGUUCAUAUUACAAUAGAUCAUGUUUCAACUAGUGUGGCAACCUCCUGAGGCAUCCUCCUUUCUUCAAAUAGAUAGCCCGUGUGAGCUAAGAUUUAACCCCUCACCUCUCAUUAUGUCACGAUAAACAAUACACAGGUGGGAUCGGCGCAUGUCACAUUAUACAAGAUGUGCUAUAUGUAUUUGAAGGCUACUUAAAAAUAAAAUCCUUUAUUAAUAUAGGGUUAUAUACAGCAAUAUUAAAGUACCCCAAUUUAUUGUCUACAGGAGAGUAUACAUGCGGCUGGAAGGGUUAGGUCCAGUGUAAGUAAUACAUUUAACAGUCUGAUUUCUGAAAAAUGGAUUAGAGUCUACCAAAAGUGGGGAAGUGUGGUAGGUUAAGUGUACUAUAGCUUAUAUAAAGUGUGUGUUUUUUAGAACUAACUGUAGCACUAUACACUAUAUAUAUGAUAUGUAGUAUACGAGCAGUCUGCUUUUAUUUUUAUACAAUACAUUAGAUCUGUCCCAUUUUCUUUGGCGUGUCUGGUGGGCAUUAAUACCAAAGCAAGAUUCUGAAUGAUAGUUGGGCACUCUGAUUGCAUGCCACCAGCUUGAAUAUAGGUUUACUGGUUUACUAAUGUCAUCUCAAUGAAGUGGUCAGGGCCCUGCCAUUUUAGUCCUGCAAUCUAAAACAGUUACUUUUUGUUGACAGCACUGUUUUGAUUGCAGGGCUAAACACACCUCUAGUGGCGGUCUUCCAGACAACCACUAGUGGGUGUUUCCUCAGCAAUGACCUAGCAUGAUUCAGUUAUGCAACAUUGAACUUUGGAUGUCAUCAAAUGCUGAUCACAGAGAAGCAUUGGAUUCAAUGCUUCUUUAUAAUUGGCUGAACACCGCCCUUGCUGCAAAUGUGCUUCUUGGCCCCAGUGCUUCUCUACGAGAAGCAUUUGUCUUGAUGAAAAGCCAAUGAAGCUAUGUCUGCAGGUCGGAGUCACCAGAGGCUUUUAGCACAGAGUAAGUCUCGGCGCUGGAAAUAAGUUAAGUUAAAUCGUUUUUCAAUUUACUUUAGGGUGGCCUUGAAUCCAAAUAGAGAGGGGGAUUCUAUAGAGUUAGGAAUACAUGUGUGUUCCUAAUGUUGUAGUGUUGUUUUAAGAGACAGGAGAAGAUUUUCUUAUAGUUCAGCAGCAUAUACAGUUUUUCAAAUAAUAAGCUUGUUUAUAAUUAAUCUUUAAGGAACCGACACCGUAUUAUAAAGGCCUAUUUGAAUUGGUUGUUAACAAUUGUUGACAAAACUGAAGAAAUACUGGUUACUGUGGUUUGUUAGUUUAGCUUCUGCUAUGGUGGAUUAUUUUAUUGAUGAGAGCAUUCAACCACGAGAAUUUACAAAUAAAACAGAGAUUCUAUUGAAUUAUGGGAGAUCUCCAUUUUAUAGCCACUUCUCUUCUCGCUUGCCAAAAUAAAGAGAAACAGCCGUGUUCAGUGCAUAUUUUAGUGAAGCCACAGCUCUUGAGAGGAAUUUAAACUGUAGACUUUUGUUUUUAAGUAUAGUUAACUCCUUUCCUGCAAGAUGUAGAAAAAUAUCCCUUUCUAUUUUAGUAGGAUAUUUUAGCUUGUAGAUUUUUGAUAGUUUGGGAUUUAAUGUCAAAAGUUUUUUUUUUUAAUUAAAAAAAAAUAGGCCUACAAAGACCUUUGAUGAUUUUCAGAUAUGUACUAAGAUAUUAUUCCAUGAGAGACAUAUGUGUUGAUAUUGACCUAGGCAAAAUUAAUGUGAAUAGACAUUCUGAGAUCUUUGGAAAUGGGCAAGUAAUAGGUGCAAUAAAGGACAAAGUAGUGAUCAGAUGACACUGGAACUUUCAUCACAAGAUGAUAUGGUUUGGUGAUGGCAGGCAAUCUGUGCCCUUACAAGCACAGAUCACUCCGGCCUGCAUUCUGUUAGCUCACUGUACAAAACACAUAGGACACUACAUUAUAACAUCAUAUCUCGGUAUGAAACUGUAAUAAAGCAUAGUAUAAGUACUUGGACGUUAGAUCUAUCCUCCUCUACACCAUAGGUCAGAUCUGUGCCACAUACUGGUAAAUAAGUAUGUACCGGGAAAUUACUGAUACUAAAAGGAUAAAAUAAGCAAAGGUUAUUUGUGAACAGUGCUCCCUUCCCAUGGGUAAGUGCCCUACAUGGUGAUGUUUUGAAAGAUAGAAACAUAGAAACAUAGAAUGUGACGGCAGAUAAGAACCAUUCGGCCCAUCUAGUCUGCCCAAUUUUCUAAAAACUUUCAUUAGUCCCUAGCCUUAUCUUAUAGUUAGGAUAGCCUUAUGCCUAUCCCACGCAUGCUUAAACUCCUUUACUGUGUUAACCUCUACCACUUCAGCUGGAAGGCUAUUCCAUGCAUCCACUACCCUCUCAGUAAAGUAAUACUUCCUGAUAUUAUUUUUAAACCUUUGUCCCUCUAAUUUAAGACUAUGUCCUCUUGUUGUGGUAGUUUUUCUUCUUUUAAAUAUUGUCUCCUCCUUUACUGUGUUGAUUCCCUUUAUAUAUUUAAAUGUUUCUAAAAAAGAUAGACUUCCCUUUAUAUAUUUAAAUGUUAAAAAAGAUAACUAACAACACUUAGAGGCCAUCUGGACAGUGAAAAUAAAUAAUUGUUUCCUAAAGGCAUAGAAAGAAGUAGAUUGAAAUAGCUGUAAUUGAUUUGUAAAAUGUGUGUAAUGCUCCCUAAUCUCCAUGUCCAAGUCUAUAAAAAAUUUAAUAUUGUAACAGAAACAACUGAACAUAACUAAGGCACUAUCAAGUGCAAGAAACCAUGACAUUCUUAGCCUGGUAGCUGUAAUAUCCAGAGACACGCCGAAUGUUAAGCCACCUAGUGUUUUAUUGUUAAACAGUGUAACAGCAAGAUUGUAUUAUAAGUACAAGACCAUUACUGCAAAUAGCUUCUCCAUAAAAUCAGUGAAUGUCUCUCCAUUCUAAGAUGGGGUUCCUGAGAAUUGACUUCACUAUCCAAAUGAGCUAAGCCUUAAAGGGAUGCUCCAUGCAUCAUAACUCCUACUGCCCACUGUAGUGGUUAUGACACCAAGAGUAUUCUGGUCCCAUUCCCUGGUAAUGGGGCAAACAACUGUUUAGCAACAGUUUGCCCUCUUACCUCGGUCUUACUGUGUUCCUGGCAUGGUCUGAAACAGCAUUUACGACAUCUGGCUUGUGCAGAGCUGCAAAAGCCAGAUGCCGAUCCAUUUUAUUCAGUGAGCACUAUUGUUGUUUCUUUUUAUUGAAAUGGUCCACCUACAACAAAGACUUCAUUCUCAUGUAUCCUUGCAAGUGGGGAAUGUACCACUGUAUGCCAUUCAUACUGGAGCUAGUUACAGCUCCAUAAAACAUGAGUAGGACUAUAUCGUUUUCCUUUUAUUUUCCCCUGAAGAACAUACUACCCAAUUAUUCCUUUCUGUUGUUUCAUAUGGACUCCACUGCUGAACCCACCCUGCUACGCCUAUUGAGGAAUUACCCAGACACUAGGUAGAAAAAUACUUUUGAUAAGUGCAUAUCAACAUUAUCUCUUGGACUUUUAACUAUAUAUUUGUUUAUCUAUUACAUAAUACAUACUGUAUAUAUCACUGUACAUAUCAAGAUUGUGGCGCUACCCCUAGCUCUUUCUCUUUUAAGUAGACGUGAUAAAGUCAGAUCCAAAUUACUAUUGUCUUUUAAGGAAAUAAAAGUGGGAAAACUAUUCAAAGAGGAGGUCUCCAGUGGAGUAUUUUUAAAGAGUACCAAACAGUUUUAUGAAUUUUAAAAUAGGGUUAAAAUCCAUAAGUUUGUAUGAAAGGUGAUUCAGUUGGAAGAACAAUUAGUGAUUCACUUUUUUUCCCAGCAAAGACAAUUCCUGUAAGCCGCAGUCAUACAAAAUAUUUUUGUUAAUUUUCUUUUUCUGUAGGAGUAGGAAUUACCCAUGUGGUUGACGUCUAAAUAUUUCAAAAUUUAACCAUCAUGUAGAAAUAACACUUGAUUUAAACAAACACAGAAACCAAUAACACGUUUGGAAUGAAUAACAAGGUGCGGAAUGUAAUUCACAGAGUGCAAACAAAUAUUUAAUGUUGCGAAGAUCAAACGUAAAUGUUCGCCCAUUAGGUACUCACUCAUCACCCACAGAAAUGGUUAAAAGCUUUUUUAUAUGAGACAUAUAAGUCAGAAUAGACUCCUGUGGGCAAACAUUUUUCAUAUCAAAAAUUAAAAAUGUAACAAUCUUUAUAUGAGACUAUGAUAUUUUAGAAUAGACUGCUUUGGGCAAAAGUUUAAAAUGUAACUUUUACAAAUAAAUGUAUAUAUUAUUUAAAAUCAAGUAGCUGUUUUGUUACAUUAAAUUAUUAUUCACUCUUCUGUUUUAACAGAGUGUCUUUAUUUAUUUAUAUUUUUCACUAUAGUGAAAAAAACCCUAAAUGUAAUCUUCCUAUACGUUAUAAAAGCCAAUUUUCAAAAUACAUUGCGUAUAUAACAGAAUAAAAGUGGAGCAAAGCUUAGCAUUUAAUUGACAAAUAAAAUAAGAAAAAAAAGCACCAAAUGUUACUGAGAAAUGUGUCAUCAACGAAAAGGGACAAAAAGCUAACAGUGCCAAACUAGUAGCGCUGAACUGUCCAUACACAUACGCACUGCUUUGCAAGAUCCAACUGAAAAUGAAUAUGCAGCAGGAUAUGGUAAUACUGAGAAUACUGAAAUACUACGUAAACUGUCAUCUGACAUUUCCCUUCUUCCAAUUCUUUAUUGUUCUUUAAAACCUAUGAUUAAUUAUGUAUCCAGUCUCCCAUCCUGCAGCAAACUUUUGGAUCUGGUUUGUAAGAUCGGUCUUAUUUGAACUGAACAUUGCCAUUUCUCAUAUGUUUUAUGUAAAAUAAAGCCAAACAAAAUAUACUAUUUUAAUUAUUUUAAAAUGAAACGCAAAAAGCAUCUUAAGUAAAAAAAAGGAUAAUUUCAAAGAAGCAUAAAACAUAGCAUUUUACAUUUCUGUGGUGCUGUUUGAACUUGGCGUGAGUUGUUGAGGUAAAGGCAGAGCACAUGUCUCUAUGAUAUUCUAUAUUUUUGGUUUUGCUAAAUUAUAGGCUUGUUGAGUUGAACAGGAAGAAUGAUUAUUCUCUAAGGGUAGAUGUAGCAAAGCCGAAGAGACAUGGUAAAUACAGUUAGAGCUCCUGGUUAGGAAUCAUUAUCACCAUGUUAAUGAAAUCAUGGGGACAAUAAUAUCCAGGCAGAUUUGGUCUAAACAUCUUCCGGAAGUGAAAUCAUCUGUGUUUUAUUGUGCAGUUCAGACUUUGUCAUUCUUCUAUCACAGAUUGUUCUAUAUAUAACUAGGGAUGGGCAAAAUAUAUUUGCAGGAACCUCUUAACCCAUCUAUUAACCCACUAGAGUUCAUGCUUUUAUUGCAGUAAUGCUUAGCUUUUAGUUAAUCUGUUUGUUGAAAAUACUCCACCGUCUUGGAUUACAUAUUUUUUGUGACAAACAAGAAGUUUUUUGGCAGGGUUAUUCACUAAAGCGAGAAUUCAAAGUGAAUUUCCAAUUCACUGUAAAAAUAACUAAAAUGUCAAAUUCUCUAAGCGUACAGUUUGGCUAUUGGUUACUUUGGCAUUAAAUUUUCAAUUUAAUUUGAAUUCACAUUUAACUCUCACCUUAAUAUAUAUCUCUGACAUAUUUUUCUCCACAGAAGACUUCUGUGAUUAACAGGGGUUAAUUUCUAAAGGUUUUAAUUACAUUUGCUUUAUGCAUGGGUUUUUAUUUAAAAUGUCUGCAGUGUGUAUUUAUGUGUGUGGAAGCUUCUUGUGGUUUUGCAUUUGUGGGAGUAAGCUGCGGGGUUGUGGGGUUGUAUGUUUGUCGAGAUACUGCUUGUGGGGUUGUGUAUUUGUUGUGGCUGCUUGUUGUGUUGCAUUGGUGAGUAUAGGCUACUUGUGGUGUUGCUUGUUUCUGAGGUUUGUGUGUGGGGGAGAUGUGGCUUGCGUGGUUGCAGGUUGUUUGUGUGUUUGUGAUGUAGUAUGUGUUUGGGUAUGUAAGUAGUGGCUGUUAUGUGUGUGUUGGGAAAUUGGGGUUGUUGAUAAUGUGUGUGGGGGCUCAGGUCUGUCGUGUAUGUGUGCAGGGGAUUGGGGCUGUAGUGUGCAUUUUAGGGAUAUAGGGACUGUUGUGUUUGUUGGGGAGACAGUGGCUGUUAUGUGUGUUGUAACAAAUGCAGGUAUUACAGAUACCUGUUUGCCUAUUUUCGGGUUUUGAUUUGAAUAUUACAGCAUCCAAGCAGAUAAAGUAGACAGAUACCCAAACUAGAUGAAGGGUAUAACAGGAAUGCUUUAUUUAGGCUAACUGCCUGGUUAGUAUGCAGUUAACAAUGCACAGGGUUAAAGUUGACAUAUGCCAGGGGCAUUCCCUACUGGACCUGAGAGGGGACAGUGACAAAAUACAUUCUGAAAGUACGUUGGCUCUCAGGUCCAGGACACUCCUACAUACAAUCAUAUAAUCCUUCCCUGUUCUGGGGAGAUAGUUGAGUCAAGCACUAUACUAAACUCAAUUAUCUCCCAACACAAAAAACAUACAUUUCCAUAAACCUCUGAAAAUAUCCCAAACUCGAUGGAAACCCCAUAACCCCUGAUAGCCCCAAAAUGGGGGACCAACAUAUUCAAAAAUCACCCAGAUUGGUUCAGGGGUUUAAGCACAUAUAUGGAGGUCUUAAUAUGACUGACCACACACGAUGCUCCUGCCCAGAAAUAGUUCAGUUAAAUUGGGCUGUGCGGUCGGUCUAUUUCGAAAAGUAAAAAAAACAAAACAAUAAAUCCACGAAUGGUUCCCCUGGAUCAUAGGUAGCAUUUGUUCCCCUCGUUCAUGGAAACAAAUCUACCGAAUAGCAGGUGUUUGUGUAGUUUGACCGGCAUUCGGGAAGUCGAGUGUCCGAUUUUGGUUCCAGACACUCGACAACCAAGUAUCGCUGCCUCCUUUCGUGCGAACAAGAUGGCCACCAUUUUCUCUUGCACGUGGCUUUCGGCUAUACGAACAGCGGCCACACAGAGAGAGCACUUAAUUGGCGGUGUGCUUUAAAGUGAAUGAGCCAGGGGGUGGUCGGUGUUCGGUAGUUUUAUCUACCGAACAGGGAAAAACAAGAGUAACAAAAGAGAUGGGGUAGUUUCUUCACAUGUGUAUUGAAGGGGAGAUGGCUGUGGUUGGGGAAAAUUGGGUAUAGGGCCUUAAGUGGGGAGAUAAUGGCUGGAGUGGGGGAAUACGGACUGUGGGGUGGGAGAUAGGAAAUGUGGUAGAGGGAUAAGGGCAGUGGGGGGUGGGACAGGUGCUGUGGUGUGAUAGGGCUGAGUGGGGAGAUAGGGGUUGUAGUAGGGGAUAUUAAUAAUAAUAAUAGUGAGGGGAUAGUGGUUGUUGUGGCAAUACAAGGUCUGUAGUGGGGCAAUCAGUGUUAUAGUAAGGGGGAUAGGGAGGGAGUUGGAACACAGGAGCUGAGUUGGAGGGACAAGGGUAGUAGGGGAGGAUUAGGGUCUAUGGUGGGUGUACAGGGGCUGUAGUGGAGAGUAUAGUGGCUGUAGUGGGAAGACAAGGGCUGUAGUGUGAGAAAUUAAAACUGCAAAAUCUAAAGUUUAUUCCCCCUCCCAGAUGCUUACAUUGGGUCGUGUGGGGGAACCUGAUCCUUGGUGAUCCCAUGGUAGAUGUGGUGGUGCAGACAGGUCCUUCAGGACCCCACAGCAGGAGAAUCAGCUAGCCGGUGAGGGAGAUCUUUGAUACCCCCACCAGCCAUGCCACACCUCUCAUGCCUGCCGCCCCAAGGCCGUGUCCUCGGUGGCUUUAAAGCAAAUCCGGCCUUGGGCAGACUAAUACAAUGCAUAUGCUUACAACAGCAAAAUAGGGUCAGGACAAUAUGCUUGUUCUUCGAGAACGUUGUAUGGCUGAUCACUAACAGGGUUAUUUACUAAAGUGAAAAGUGUCAGGCAUGCAAAGUUGACUUGGAGAAUUUUUCCAUCUUGACUAAUUUGACCUUUUAACUUCAGCUUGAAUUCCCAACAAUUUUCACUAAAGUGACUAACCCUGUAUAUUGUUUUCAUUUUUCACCUUCUGUCGAGUUCAGAAUGGAUGGACAGACAGACAUUAGUAUAAUGGAACCCUAUCUAAUCUAUGUUCUUACCACAAAAUGAAUAGACUGAGCAGUGUGAAGUAUAACCCCACAUUUAUAACCAUUCAAUUAGAGUUUAUACUGGUCCACAAACCCUGCAAUGAUAUAGUGAUAAUCGCAAUGCUUUACACAUUAUCUAUCAAUCCAAGGGAAAAGGUCAAUUUGUGUGUAGUCUAGAGAUCUUGUUAUCAGCAGAAAUACUGAUACAAAUAGAUGGUAGUGAGGCAGGUUCUUUGUGAAACAAAUGUCACAGAUUGGCACACAGUGCUUUGCAGAAUCACUUGCUAUGCAGCCUAUCUGACAGUGGAGACUGUAUUCCCCAUGGGUUUGAAAUGGCAGCAAUGUUUAUUCUCAAGAGAGAUUGGUGCCUGCUGUAAAUAAGUACAAUAUUUCAUCAUUUACUACCUGUGCACAUAUGUGACCUAAUUAUUAACCAUAUAAAUACAGCAGCUCUAGGCAGUGCAGUGCUGGAUAGUUGGGAUAUUGGAGCUACGUGCAUUGGUCUUACAAAGAAUCUCAGGGAUCUCCCCCUUUCUCCAUGAGAUCUACAGUUCCAUCAGAGAAGAGGUGCGACGUUACAUUAAAGGGACACUAUAGUCACCUGAACAACUUUAGCGUAAUGAAGCAGUUUUGGUGUAUAGAACAUGCCCCUGCAGCCUCACUGCUCAAUCCUCUGCCAUUAAGGAGUUAAAUCCUUUUAUUAAUGAACCCUAGUCACACCUCAAAGGCAUGUGACUUGCACAGCCUUCCAUAAACACUUCAUGUAAAGAGAGCCCUAUUUAGGCUUUCUUUAUUGCAAGUUCUGUUUAAUUAAGAUUUUCUUAUCCCCUGCUAUGUUAAUAGCUUGCUAGACCCUGCAAGAGCCUCCUGUAUGUGAUUAAAGUUCAAUUUAGAGAUUGAGAUACAAUUAUUUAAGGUAAAUUACAUCUGUUUGAAAGUGAAACCAGUUUUUUAUUUCAUGCAGGCUCUGUCAAUCAUAGCCAGGGGAGGUGUGGCUAGGGCUGCAUAAACAGAAACAAAGUGAUUUAACUCCUAAAUGACAGUGAAUCGAGUAGUGAAAUUGCAGGGGAAUGAUCUAUACACUAAAACUGCUUUAUUUAGCUAAAGUAAUUUAAGUGACUAUAGUGUUCCUUUAAGAGCAUAAAGGCGCAAUCUUCUGAGCCAAUACUGACAGGCUCUUAUUCAUGUGACUUGUUCAAAACUACCAUCCCUUAGAAUAUUACCAUUUAUAGUACCAUCUACACUAUUUUGUCUUUAUAUUUAUGUCUUUCAUGUACCCUAUUGAUGUACACUUUCGUUUAAACUAUAUGUUUAAAGGGUACGCAAUUGCAUGUUUUAUUGUAUUCAAAGCUCUCCACUUUAAUGGGCUUUUUAGCUAUAUAACACUUUUUGAACAAUAUAAUACUUGCCAAUAUUUUCAAUGGGUCAAUGCAUCAAAAGGUGUGAAUCUGCCAGAAAGGAGUAAGAUCUUCACAUCAAAGGGAUUGGGUCUGCCGCCAAAAAGGUGGUCAUGGCCAGGCUGACUGACAAUUUGCCCCCUCAAGUAGACCAUUAAUGGGGCACUGAUAAAACAAUUAAUGCAUGGUCCUAGUGCACAAUACUAUACAUGCUGCUAUCCACACUGUUACACACACUAUUAAACAGAUGGUGUUCAAUAUAUAGAGAAUCGGUACAAUAGCAGUAUAUCAGUGUUAUAUGUGUGAGGAUGGCACAUUGUGUACAGAGAAUGGAUACAUGUGUGUGUCAAAUCAGUGAGAGUGUGUCAGUGAGUGUGUGUGGCUGUCAGUGAGCGUGUCUGUGUGUGUCUGUGAGAGAGUGUGUGUGUGUGGCUGUCAGUGAGAGUGCCUGUCUGUCAGUGAGUGUGUGUUUGUCAGUGAGAGUGUCUGUCUGUCAGUGAGUGUGCGUUUGUCAGAAAGAGUGUGUCAAAUCAUUUAGAAUGUGUGUGUCUGUGUAUGUGGGUGUUUUUUUUUGGGAGAAGCAGCAUUUCAACCUUAGACCCAGGAAGCACAAUGUCUUGUGCUGGCCUUGCACAAACUACUAUACAUGCUGCAACCCACACUGUUACACACAUUAUUACACAGACCGCUACCCACACCAUUCAAAACAAACACUGCAAUUAUCUGUUACCCAAAAAGACACAUGCAUAUCCUCACACAAAAACAGGCGCAUACUCUAUAUAUAUUUGUGUCUGUAUACAAAAACUUUUUAUUGUAUGUAGUCUAGUUUUUUUGUCAUGUUUAUUUGUGGUUUUUAUUUUCUUAGUUUGGACGAGGGCUGGAUGGGUAUGAAGUUUGAAUCAUAUUUAAAUUUUCACAGGCUUUAUUAUACAAUUGACUUUCAAUAAGCUAUCCACAUUAAAGUGUCACUGGCCCUUUAAAACAAAAAAGCACUUCCAAAAUAAAAUGAAUGGCUGUUUAGAGCAACCUAUGACUGCAUGCCUGGCUAUCUGUUUGAAAUAUUUAUUUGGACCUAUGCAACAAAUAAACUGCUCUCAGAAUUAUUAUUUUAUCUGGUUUUAUCUAUGUCUAUAAAACAGUCUGAACGCUCAAGGUCUCUCAUACAUAAAACAAUUAAAACAAACAGUAAAGCACAUUUAAGACUGUGAACAUAAUGUGUCCUUUCGUUUUACAAAUCUUUAAGGUUAAGGGUUACUACAAGCACCAUGACCACUUUAUGACCGAAAUGUUCAGUGUCUGUAUGUGCAGCGUUUCACUAUUAAAUACUGUACAUACAGAGCUUUACCCCUCUGCUACAGCGCUUAACUCCACCUCCGGUAGUGUGAUUGUGGCACCAUUAUUCAACUUUUAGUUCUCUGGCUAAUAUAAAUUCUGUGUAUAUUUGGCGUCUGACACCAGCACAGUGUAUUAUGGUUGGAGUAACCCUUUAAUUAACUUUAUGUGGAACCUUUCCAGGUUGGGAACCAUAUCCAUUUGGCUUGCUUGACCUCUCUCAUGUCUCACUUCUGUCAUGAAAGGAACACUCCAAGGAGCAUACCCGCUUUAGUGCACUGUACUGGUUAUGGUUAGGGAUACCAUAUACACCAUAUUUUCCAGGUCCCAUUUAAUUUAUAAAACAUACAGUAAAUGCUGCCCUGCAGUAUGUAGAAGUCAAAUUCUGCAGGCAGCAAAUCAGGUAAUAAAUCAGGAAUCUUGCAUCAAAUACAAUAUCUAUAAUACAGGGCAGCAUUUUCAUGUGCUGCCAAUCAAUAUGCAGAAAUGAUGGAGCCCAGGAGAUCAGCACUCUCAGCCAAUGAGCUAUUCCUUGAUUAGCUUAUCUCAGGAGAGCUAAUGGAACCUCCUAAACGUAAUUGGUUUGCCUCUUAGAGGUCACUAAAAUACUAAAUAUAAAAAUGCAGGUUAAAACAGCAAAGCUGUGCUUUUGUUGAGUUGAAGAGGUUGCUAUAUAAUCGAUUCAAAGUUAUAUUUUCAGUUGACUACACGCUGGUAUCUAGAAAAUAAACCUAGUUCAUUUUGCUGUUGAUGGUUUUCUGAUGCAAAUACAAAUAAUAAAACAUCACAGCAGUCCUUCUAUAGGACACUCUAAGCACCACAACCAACACAGCUUUUUUGUUUUUAUGCAGUUGAUACAGCAAAUCAUAUAUUGUUUGUUUAUUCUUGCUGCCUUAUGAAUAUGAUAUACCUGUUCCAACCAUUGGGGACCCCCUGCAUUAGGUUGCAAGUUUGGGUCUCGGCCUAAGCAUUAACAACCACUAGAAUGCACAAGUUCAUGAUAAAUAAGUUAUUGUGCUCAUUUAAUUUUUUAUUUUUGUUUUUCUAAUAAAAGGUUUCUAUGUUUUAUUACAGAUUUUAUAAGAACUGUUAGUCUGACAGAGAAAGAGCUAAAGGAAGCACAGAGUAUUAGUGACAACGAUGCUACCCAGCUGAGCCCUACUCAGGGGAGUUGCUCUCGGGGAGCCCUGCUCUUUCAUCGCCGGCGUCAGAAACUGAAAGCACUAGAACAACAAAAAAUUGCAAAACGUUCUGAGUCAUUAGACACACAACAGAGACACAGCAUUCCAGUGGCACAAAGUUCACAACAUGGUCUACAGAUUUCACAUGCUGUAAGAACAAAGCCUGGAGUAGGCUCUGGACAAAAAACAUCUGCAAACAACAUGGAAGAAACAUCAUCUGAUACUGGAUAUGAAGGGGAGUCAGAAAACAAAUGGGGUGUUGAUCUGAAAGGGAUGGAAUUCCCUCCCAUAGAUAAUAGAGCACCUUCGCCAAGUGCAUCAGAAGAAGACCAUCAAGUCCCUCUGAGUACCCAUCUAAAAGAAACUUUGGUGUUGUCAUCAAGUAAUGGUUUUGAUGAUCAAACAAAUAUAGAGUCAGGAUCCAUUCUGAAAAAUGAAGAGGUCAUGCAGAAUGGUACACAGAACAAACAAUACUGUGAAGUUCAUCUCACUUUAUCUAAACCAAUAUCUGUGAGUAACAGAACAGCUAAGCCAUUUGGAACACAGUCAUCAGCAAAGAAGAUUCUGCCUUCUUCGGAAAUGUCACCUGUAAUAGACCUCCCUCCUCCACCUACUUAUGCUGAGACAUUAUCAAGUCCUCCUCCAGUGACCCGCAUCAUAUCACCUCCUGCCUAUUCUGCUUUAUAUCCAACAGAUAGAAACACAGAACAUUUUAAACCUGUGUUGCCUGUAGCUAAUGAUAGUGAACCUAGACUUACACCACAACCAAAGACAGGUAUUUUAGAAGAUAUAGGAGCACGCAGAGGAACUAAGAAAUCCAUGUUCACAUUUAUUGAAAAGCCAAAAAUGACACCAAAUCCAGAUCUGUUGUCUAUGGUGCAAACUGCAGAUGAGAGGCGGAAGAACAAAGAUCAUGUUGAUGUACCUACUGAGGAGGAACCCUUUGCCCUUGGAGCAGAGGCUUCCAAUUUCCAGAAUAAUAAAACUGUGAAAGCCAAAGUUGAUGCAGGCCAAACUCAUAAGGCACCCGAAUGGGUAACUUGCCUGAAAUCCCCAGAUUAUAAAUUAAAACCCCCUCCUGCACCUGUACAAACUCUGACAGAGGCUAAAGGAAAAGGGGCAGAAUUGUUUGCCAGGAGGCAAUCCAGAAUGGAACGGUUUGUGAUUGAGUCUCCAUCACCAUAUGAUGUCAGAUCUCCUUCCCCUACCAUGUCAUUGCCACCCUCCUGGACUUAUGCCUCUAAUGCCCAGUCUUCUCCUAAACAAAUUGUUCAUCAAGUCAAAAUCAACCAAAGAUCACCUAAGCCUUGCUCUACUACACCACAUAUGAAUACUUCUUCAGAAAGUGUUCAGUCACAGAAAGAGCUGGAAAUUUCCAAACGGCAACCAUAUCAACUUCAGUCUUCACUCUUCAUACUUUCCCCAACCAAAGAUCCUUUGAGUUCUCUUCCAAAAGCAGCUCCACCCCCCAAACCCAUGGUAAUGGAGUAUCAACACUUUAAAAGACAAUCAUCAUGUCCAACCUCCCCUGUGAUUUCCUCUCCCACCAUUUAUUCUCCUUCUCAUCUUCAUUCAAUGAGAUCUCCUACUACUAAUCCUUCACCUUCUCCCACUAGUGUUGGAAGACAGACCCCAACCAGUCAGAUAUCUCCAGCUUCUCCUGUUCCUUUCACAUAUACAGGUGUGCCACCUUCAAGAACCAAAACUGUAAUACAAGCUCCACGGCCAUCAUUCUCUGCCAGAAACGCCGGCUUGGAAUCUCAGGUGUGGAAGCCUUCUCCAUAUUACAAGUAAUGUUGUUGCCAAUCCAGCUGCAAAAGUCUCAAUUGAGAUGGUUGACAACUGGUGUUAUAUAAUUGUUAUAGUGAUUAUAGAGGAAGGGGCUGAACUACCCCUUCUAAAUGAUUGUCUUCUUCUUAAGGAAUAUAGAACAUUGCACAUUGAUAAUACCAAAUAUGUCCUCAGAAAAGCAUUUCUGUGAUGUCAAGACUCUCUUCACUCUCCUGCUCUGUACUCUUGGAAUCUCUUGCUGUAUCAAGUCUUUUCUUAUUCUUCCAAUCUUGCACAAACCUUUCAUGUACUUUUGACUAAUUUUGUCCUUCCUUUAUCUCUUUUGCACAAACUGUGUGUACUUUGAAAAAAAAAAAAAAAACAGCUCUGGUUUUCUUGUGUAUAAUAUUCUUUUUGCCUCCUUUUCUGGGUCUUUAUUUACUUAUCCCUCUAAUUAAAAUUUUCAUACACAUCUGUAGUAUUUCUUUCAAAAUAAAGUCAUGAUCCACAUAGCUCAAAUUUCACCAAAACUGCCAAAUUCAUCUCAAGUCACUUUACUCAACUCUCUAGCUAUACUUAAUAACAUAAUUUUACUUAGGAUAAUGUAUUGGUUCUGUUAUAGAAAGAUUUAAGACACUCACCAAUAGGCAACAAUGUGCGAUUUUCUCAUGUGAGCACAGGUAGGAAAUUAAAAAAAUCAAUUAAACAAGAUACCAAACUUGCUAAUAAUUUAAAGAGGUCAUAAACCCAGUUGUACUGCUUUGCAUUGAGUGCCUUGUAGCUUGAUAGUUUUAGACCACAGCAACAUUAUUUUUUGUGUCAGGGGGACAAAAAGUUGUUCAAAGCCAUGUUAAAUCCAAGUAAUACUUGACUGGCCAUUGUUUUGUUUAUUUGUUUGGGCUUUUUUGUUUUUUAAAAUGCUAGAGAACAUUUAGUUUUUGAAAUAAAAGUUUUAUGAUAAUAUUAUAGGUUCUAGGGAAAUUUAAUUUUAAAUAUUUAUUUGUCAAUUUUUAUGGUCACUGGUCGUGAUAUAAAACUAUAUGCAAUCUGAUUAUUGAAACACUAGAAACACAAUGAUUUCAAUAAUAUUGUUUGCAAAUUGCCUAGGGUCUUUCUAAGAUAAACAUAUGAACAAACAUGAUAUGUUUCUCUCUGUUAUGGCACAAUAUGUGCUAAAAUGAGAGCAGGGCCCCACUAAAUGGCUAGCUAUUUGAAUUUUCUGGUUCCAGUAUUCUCUUGCACUCUCCUUUGCUCUCUCAAAUUGUUCAUUUAGGCCUUUUCUUCAUUCUGCAGCUUCCACUAAUUGCUUUGUGAAUUAUAUGGGGCUUGUUUCAACAUGAAAAUGCAUAACAGAGAGGACAUAGAACAAUAAUAUGUAUUUAUCUAAACUGGACUCUGUACUCUUUCAUAUAAAACCAUUUUUUUUUAAAGGGACACUGUAGUAUAAGGAAUACAUGUCUGUAUUUCUGUAUUCCUAACGCUACAGUAUUAAUGCUUUUAGUUAUUGUUAGCUCCCCACCUCACCCUCGUCCGCAAUUUAGAAAUGAAAAUAAACUAAUUGAAACAAAAAUAAAUUAUUUACUGACCUUCUCUCCAGCUGCUGUGGCCUUUUCUUAGCAUGACGUCAUCCUUGAGGCGUGCCUCCAAGGUGAGGGUCCAAUCCAAUUCUCCUCACCUUGUACCUAUGAUUCUGCCAUGCAAUGAUUCUCGAUAGAAGACCAUGAUGGCACUGCACAUGUGCACGCACAGUCCCGGUAUGGCAGGGUAUGAGAGUCAGGCAGUAAGAGUCUUGGCUCCCAUACAUGGCGGACUUGGAGGCGUGGCUUGAAGAUGCACUUCCAAGACUUCUGAUUAGUUAAAUAUGACAUUUGUGGCUAUUAAGUGGAGCGGAUAUUAUAACAAAUUCAUUUACAUGAGUGAGUACAGUGUUCCUAUAACGCUUUACAGGCUCCUUGCAGCAUUGAUGCAGAGAUAGUAGCAAAACCUCUACUGAAGGUAGGGAAAAUCUUAUAAAAUGGAAUUUACCCAGUUUUUCCUGGAGUCUCGGGGUUUGGAAGUUAAUUACGAGGAACUGCUUUUCCUCUGGAAAUGAAAAGUGAGUUGUAGAAAUAACUAUUUCUUACCUCUCUGCGACCCCAAAGUUGCCCACCCCUACCAGCUUCUGUAGCUGAUUUUUCUUCCUAGACUUUACUGGAUAAUCUCUAAUAUACCAGAUAGGAAACAAAUAGCCAUUGUCCAUGUUUUUUUAAUUUAUAUAAUAUUUUUCUGUAGAUUUGAAUGCAGUGAGAAGGCAAUAAAUUACACAAUGCAAACCAAAUAGAUGCAAAAUAUGUCAGUUUGAGUUUAUAAGAAUUGUCACAGAUUUGAAGCAUUAUUUUAUUUUAUAGUCCGUGUUGCUCUGUACAUGUACAUGAAUAAUACAAUCAGUGAUGUGUCAGGAGGGUAGAUAUACAUUUGUUUACCUAACAGUUUGGAAAAAGUUAAAAUGCUGAUUACAAACUUGUUUUUCACCCAAAUUCUUAUUCCCUAAAAUAAUACAAAUGUAUUUGUUCAUUGUGCUGGCCGUCUAACUUGGACAAAGCAUGAACACUUAGCUAUUUUCCAUCCAUAAUAUUUGGCGUAAAGUUUGCAUUUUAUAGACAUAAUUUGUAGUCAGUGUCUGUUUUUUGGCAAGAAAGUUCUUUUGAGCUUCACUUUCAUGUGAUCUACCCUAAAAUCAGUAUUUUGAGUAAAAAAAAACAACAUUAUUUUAAAAUAGUAGAUAGACAUACACCAAAUUAGGGUUCUCAAGGAGUAGUAUUUAAUGUGGGGCUCACAAAUCUUCCCAUUAUAUUCCAUUUCAAGCUUACAUCAGACCAGACACAAUGAGACAAAUUAGAAUGAAUGUGAAUGUUCUUGGCACACAGUCAAGAGGUUCAAAAACAAAAUUCAAGAUCUGCUAAUAGAUAUCUCCAACACAUGCUGCUCUUACACUGUGACUUAAGUAGACAGGCAGAUGGUUGUGGUUCCAAGCAGGGGAUGGAUUCUUGUUUUGGCAAAUGCACACAUUAUUUUGAUACUACUUGUUAAAUCUGACAAAUGAAUUAAAUUCAACCAAUUUCGUGAAAAAUUUAUAUAACAAGGUUAUCAUUUACCAUUUAAGUGUCCCUUACUUCCCCAGCGCCUCUUUGUGUCUCUUACUUCCACAGCCCCUCUUUGUGUCUCUAUGCACUCUAUUGCCUCUGUUUGUUGACACUGUACAGCAAACAGAGAGAUGAGGAUAUUACUUUACCUGCCAUAAAAAAAUGCAAGUCACGCAUUAGCUUCAGAUCAAGUGUGUCUUCUACCAAGCAUCACCUUUCUUACAGAAUAGUUUCAUACUCCUUUAUGCUUAUUUUUUUUUCAAUAAUAUCCUAUACAGUUUCACAAGGUCUUUUCUCUUAAAAGCACCUGUAUUUUUUCUUUUGUGAUGAAGGCACAAGGCUUACAGCAUUCCUGCUCUUGGUAUGCAGUGCACAAAAAAUGUAUUAGGAACACAAUGUUACGUAUCUGUCCCCAACCCCGACAGGCUAAAUCCCCAGCCUUAAGACAGACAACACAAGUGAGAGAAUACCACACACCAAACAACUAUUUAAAGCUGCUUAUACCUAUACAAAAAAAAUGUGAAUCACCCCUUGCUUCUCCCUCUACCCCCCCCCCCCAAACACACACAAACAAACCUACAUGAGGUAGCAAAAAGAAGGGAAGGACAUACCAGGCCUCUCAUGGUUAACAGAGUGCUCAUUUUAAAAAUGACCAUUGUAUUACUUGUCAUUAUUCCCAAGAAUGGUUAGUAUAUUUACAUUGUAAUUCAUAUUUUAAUAUUCUGGAUGAUAAUUAAAUCGUCCUUAUGUAUGCUAUUUUAGUUUAGUUUUUUGUUUUUCUUUUGAUAGAACUUUCUGUAUCAACUAAAAAAAAAAAAAGUUAAUAAGUUACAAGGCAGUUUUAUGCUGGCAAAGUGAAAUCUCUUCUCCUGCAUUCUAACUUCAGAUGUUUAGCAGACAGACAGCAAACUCAAGAUGAUUUCUCUAAGAGACCAAUAGUAAAGCAUCAACAAUGCAUAUCAUUUAGUGAUAGACAAUAUUGUCUAGAAAUAUCCUAUAACCCUAGCACAGUUUGGUCCUUGACAGGACAGUUAGUCUGUGAGGAAGAAGAUUGACAGGGUGCUAAAUUUACGUUCACUAAACCCACAGUGUUUACAUGCCAUAUAAUCAUUUUAAUAAUGUAUUAUCUGUAUCUUUCCCACCCCGUGAAGGGUAACACAGACUUUUCACAAUACUAGAUUACAAAUAUAUUUUCAAGGGACAUGCAUCAUGUGUCAAUUGUUUUUUUAAACCAGACAGCAAAUCAUUUUAAACAAAUAUACAAACUAAAUAAACCAAGAAAAUCUUUGAAAAGUGUGUAAUAAAUGUUUAUAAACUUGGCUAGAUUGCAUUGUUGGACACACUUCUCAGCUAGUGUAGAGUCUUCAACCCACCUAACUCCCCCUUACCCACCCUUCUUAGGUUCAGAGCAGUUCACCAAUGACAGAAACAGGGCAUUAUUGCGCAGUGGUAGGAAAGAGAAUCCCUACCACGGAACCUGCUCUCUGGAUGAUCACACAAUGAUCAGACUCCCUCUCUCCUCCACAUAUUUAGGCAUAUUUAACCAGUACAGAUAUAGCUAUGUUAAGUCUAAAACAAGUCCUCAUAUAAGACUGAAACAUCCAUAGAUGUAUUUAACCAUAUGGCUGGUUAGAAGAGUGGUAACAUCGCUGCCUUAGAACCACGAAAGCUAAGCUUCCACUCGUGGUCUGACCACCUCACCAGUAAGUGUCUUUGGGCAAGACACCUAACAAUAUAUCCACCUCAUUAAUUGAAUGCUUGUUUGAGCAGGGCCUUCUUUACCUCUAAAUAUGCCCUAACUUUAUUUGUAAAGCGCUGUGGAAUAUCUUGGCACUUUAUAAUUAUUAAUAAUAAUAAUAAAAGGACCUUACAUUAGCUCUAAGAUUCAAAGUGGUAAAUGAUGAGAGACAUCCUAUUGGUUACUAUUGCGAUUGCUCUUUAUUUAUCACUUUUCCCCAGAAUAGCAGCUGAUUUUGCCUUGAUUGUCCUCCCCUCACAUUAUUCACAUGUUAGAGGCAAAAACUAAAUAUUUUAAGAUUACCUAGUAUUUUUUUAUAUAUAUAUUUCAGACGUAUACCUGGCUUAUGUGGUUCAUCUGGUGCUUCUAACUUUUAGCCUCGGUAUCUUGUCAUCAUUAAUAUUUCCUCCCCAUCUAUUUCUUUUAUCUGUAUUCAUAUAUUCCUUUCCUUGUUGAUGAAUUUAUUAAAUAAGUUAAAAGGCACCAGGGAAGAUAAGUGCAGAAACUCUAGUUAUUCCCUCCCCUCCCCCCACCCCUACCUUUCUAACUUCCUGUUCUGGCUUCUGCAUUAUUUAUCUGUUUUGUCUUCCUAUUUUUUUUUUUGGAGAGAGAAAACAACCUAUUCUGUGUGAUGUCAUAUUGUUUAUUAUUCUAUCUUAUAUUAUUUGCCCGUUACAUGGGAUCUUUGGGGUCCCUUUAAGUUUUUAACUUUAUUAUACCAUUUCUUGGGUUAUGGAUUCUAGUUUAUUGAUCCAUAUAUCCCAGUCUUCUAUCUGGGUAUAUCUGUUUCCCAAGUUCGUUAAUAUACCCCUUUCCGUUUUCGCUUGCCAUAUCACUUGAGUUAUUAAUUCUUGGAUGUGUGGAAUUGUCACUGUUUUCCAAUUACGUGCUAAUAAGAGUUUAGCAGCCGAAAUGAUAUGUAUUGUUACCAUUUGUUCUUUUUUUGGCAUUUUGGGCCAUCCUAAGUUUAGUAGAAAUACUUCCAGUUUAAAACUCAUUUUUCUUCCGGUUAUUUGAUUGAUUACCUUCACUACAUUCUUCCAGUAUUGAUUUAUUGGGGCGCAAUUCCACCAACUGUGGAUCAGAUUGCCUUCAUUACCUAGUAUUUUUUAAUAUGUGACAUCAUACCUAGAUUUUGUGUUCAUGAAAAGAGUGAUCCAUCCUAUUCUAGAAAGGCAUGAGCAUCUCAACUCUGUACCUUGGGAAACUGAAAAAUAGAGCUAUUUACUUUUCAAUCUACACACUUAUAAUGUGGGUUAGUGGAUGUAGUCAGACACAUCUGAGCAGUUGGCUUUUAACUAUGAAUUAAAAAUAUGCUAGUGUACAAAACCUAAAGCUGAAUUUUUCUCUGACUCAUAUCCAAGAAAGACAAAGGUGUUAACUUUAGCAUUAUAAUAAUUGUUCUGUGUCAUUAUGUAUUAACCAAAUCUAUUCACAUGUAUGUUAGUGGAUAUAAACGUAUCCAAGGAAGCCACGAAAAGGGAAAUAAAUUAAUAGAUUCCAUUGUCAUAGGUCAAAAGUGGAAGUGUGCAUAUAUUUCUUGUAACACCAAAAAUCUUUAUUUUGUUACCUCCCACUGCAUUAACAGGACGUAUGAGCAAUAUUAAAGCAGAUUCACGCUGUUUAAAUUCACAAUGAAUUGUGAAUUAAAAAUUUUUUUUUUUUAAAUUAGAUCUCGUUAUUCCAGGAAACUGCUGGCAAAUAGUACCACACAGCCUGGAGAUGUCACUUAGAACAUUCUAUUACAAAAAAUAGGGAGAGGCAGUACUGCAGAAAGACUUUACUAAAUCAAAGAACUGGCAAUAUUUUGGUUCCAAUGAGCCUUCUAUUUGGUAGGUAACAUUGAAGCAGAAACAUUACUACUCUUUUAAAUUUGCAAUUACAUUCUUUAUAUAUAUAUAUAUAUAUAUACAUAUAUAUAUAUAUAUACACAUACAUACACACAAACAUAUACAGACACACAGACACAAAUACAUACAAACACAAACAUACACACACACAGAGACAAACAUACACACACACAUACAAACACACACACACACAGAUACACAGACAGACACAAAGACAUACAAACCCACAUACAGAGAAACAUUCAUACAGACACACAUACAUACAAACACAUACAUACAAACACAUGGUUUAGUCACCCUCCUGUUUCCUACCUUUUAGGUGCCCCCAUUCUUGAUAAGUGGGUGGAGUCUAUUAAAUUAUAGGGGGGGGGGACAAUGUAUCCUCACCAGCCCUCACCCAUGGGGUAGCGGAUGGGGACGAUUAUAAUACAACAGUAUAUAAGUCUAUAAAUCCAUUAGCAGCGGGUAAGGUGGGUAAAUUUAGUGUCUACCUCCACCAAAUGUCUGCAGGUGGGGGCUAUAGCUAAAGUCUUAUAGUAAUAUUGGGGUCAACAGGGUUUUUGAUCUUACUUUUUUUUUUAAAACUUUUUAAAUGUCCUAUAUAUGGUUAUUUCACUGUUUGUCUGCAAGCUACCAGUGCUGCUUGAGGGAAAUAAUUUGGAUUUUUUUUAUUUGAAGCAUUUAGGUCCAUAAUUCUGUAGUCUGGCAGCUUUUGGUUUGGCUGAAAUCAUGAACAAACUCAGGCCCAUUUGCUGCCUUAAUUGCAAAAUCCAGAUACAGUUUGACCCGUGUGAAGCCUUAUAUGCAGAUGGACGAUUUUGUCCCAUUUGAUAUGUGUCCAUUCGGACUUUAGUGAAUAAACCUGUCAAUUUUCCUCUGAAAAAAUAGAACUUGCAUUCAUCAUUCAAUCAUUAUAUAAUUAAAAUAUAUUUAGCAAUACUUGUUAAAUAGAAUAUUUUCCCUAUUUAAGGGCUGUUUAUUGAACUAUGGUAGAUGAAGCGUUAUCGUUCUUUAAACAAAAAUAGUAUCUCAAAUAAUGACUAAUUGGUCAUAUAUACACAUGUGCACAUACAUGUAUUUUUACAUUAUACAACUCAAUCACAUCUCAACUGAACGUUGCUAGUUGAUAUAUGAAAUGUCAGGCUUAAUAAGGAAAUCUCAUGUCUCUGUAGUUCACUUGGGAGGGUGGAACAUUAUAUUAAAUGUUUAUGUAUGAGAGCAUUGCAUUGUUAUAUGAGCAUUACAUAAUCUUCCUCAUUUCCACAGCUGACAUUCCCAUAAUUAGCAACUGAGCAUCACAAAAAGAAAAGUGGGUGGAAAAAUAUUUUCUGUAAAUGUACAGAGCUACCGUAAUAAGUUAUUUUAAUGAUAUCCAUACUAAGUAUUUUAGCCGUUAUACCUUGAAGUGCUUUGACCCAUUUGCAACCAAGACUUUUCCAAAAUGUCCUGUAUUUAGGACUAAGACCAUGAUUUAAUGCUUUCUCUUUAAAGGUUCACUAUAGGUACCCAGACCACUUCAGCUCAUUGAAGUAGUCUGAGUGCAGUGUCUCUGUCCCCCUUAGUCGUGCAAUGUAAAACAUUGCACUUUUUGAAAAACUGCAAUGUUUAUAUUGCAGUACUAAGAGAGCCUCUGGUGACUGUCUACCAGAGGUACUUCUGGGAGUUUACCAAACUCUGGGUCACCUAACGCUCUGCAUGAGGACAUCCAAUGUCAGUGAAAUCCUCAUAGGAAAGCACUGAUUCCUAUAGGUCCAUCCGUUGGAUGAUGUCGGAGGAGGCGGAGCACGCUGGUUCGGGUGAGUAAAUAAAGGGUUUUUAACCUUUUCUGAGCUGGGGGUGAGGGAGUAGUGGGGGCACACACCAGUGUUUGGAAUGCAGAUUUGUAUUCCUAACACUAUAGAAUCCCUUUAAGUGCCAGCACCUGGAGUACCAGGUCUCCCUAUUUGGCCCUACACCCCUGUUAGAGAGAGAGUGUGUGGUCUGCACCUCCAUCCAGGGUCUUUUUAAACUAUGUUAAAACCCCAGAAGGUGACAGAGCUGCUUUAACAAACAAACAGCACGGCUAGAACCUGCUAUAUACCAGGGAAACUCUCACACAACAAAUCAGCAGUCCUCCUGAGACUCAACAAGCAAUGUUUGAAAGAUGGUAAUCAGGCGGCAUUUUAAAACGUGUGUAGACUGAGUGGGUCUUGCAUUUCCUGUGGUUACCUGCAACACACAGUGACAGUCACUCCUUGCAUUGCGGUUUUUAAUAUGAAAUAGAAGUUGAGGGAGAAACCUCUAUCAAACACUUGUUUUGUUACACGAUUUUGCACGUUUUAAGCAGUGAUUUUCUAAACCUUUACCCCAAUAGAUAACAAUGCAUAUUCAGUUUAUACUUUGAACCAUAAUUUGUAAAGUUAUCACAGCUAUAUAAUGUGGCUUUAUCACCCUUCAAUUUACAAUCCUCACCGCUUUUUUUUAUUAAGUUACUUCCUUGUGUCACGCAAACAUGCAUUAAAUGGAGACCAUGUCUUAGAUUCUGCAUAAGGCGAAAACAUAACCACUAGAGGGCAGUAGGUCCCUGCUUUCAGUUUAUGUACAUUAACUCUGAUACUUAGCAUACAAUAGUUUAUAUUGACAGAUUACAGUCAGAGAGACAGACACUUAAAGACUUGUUAGCACUGUCUGUGGCUUUAACAAUACUUUCUGACACAAAAAGAGUUAAUAUCACUUGGUGGUUUUACUUCUGUAAGGGAAGAACAAAUGACUCAUGACAGUAUUUUGGAUUUUUCUCUUUAUUUAAGAAAUUUAGCAGUUCUUGUUCCUUUACUGCCUAAAUCUGAGUUCUCGUGAUGUAUCCCAAUGAUUAAAAAAACAGACUGUAUGAAACGCAGACUGUAUGAAACGCCAUACUUUUUAUACUGUCCAAGUUGCUUUGUUUUAGGAAAGAAGGGGUGCCACCAGGCCUGUAUUUUUUAAUAAUGGGCUGAUAAAAUAAAAAAGAAAUAUGAUCAUUAAUAAUUAUAUAGAACAAUAGCUGGUAUUCAUUUCCUAAAAUGUUGGCACAAUGACUAAGUAACCUCAUAUCACACACAAUACAUAAUUAAUAGAGGAUAUAGCAAAACAAUUUUCACAAUCACAAUCAUAUUAUGCCAUGACGAUUUGCAGUGUAUACAUUAUGUAAUAAUAACUGUGUAUCGCCUUUCAGAGGUAAAGUGUAUUACACUAUGGCCAGAAGCAAAAUGUAUAAUUCAACAGUCUGAGGUGCAUAAUGUGAUAUAUGAUAUCACUGCUGGGUGGAUGGGGGGCAGGGAAAGGGGAGAUUUAUGACCUUAACCUGUACCUCGUGGGCACUGCCAUCUUUUCUGCUGCAACCUCCUCAGCUCUUGACACUUCAACUGACAGGAGCCGACAUCAGCGCAGUACUCUCGCACAUGCGCACAAGUACAGUACUGGAGUCUAUGGAGGAUCCAAAGAGAUCCUCCAUAGAGAUGGCUUUUUUCUGCUACAGCCGUCACUGGAGACAGCCGAGGGAAAUGACAAGCUUGACAAAAGGUAACUCCUCAUUUUGUCAAGCGAAAUACUGAGACAAAGUUGUCCUUACUUUAAAACUUUAAAGGAUUACAAAUGUAUUCCUGACCCUUUUGUGUUAAAAACACCAUCUAGCCCCCCUGGGCCAUUUGCCCUCCUAAAUAUUGCAAACUCUUACCUCUAUUGCAGUGUGCCUCUGCUGGCUCUGAGCCCUGAUCUGCCUGCUUGGCUGGUAUCAUUAGAAGCGGUGUUCUGCACCAAUCACAAUGCUUUCACAAAGGAAAACAUUGGAUUGGCUGAGACUAUCAGGGAGGCAAAUCAGGGGCAGAGCCAGUACAAGCCAAACACAGCCCUGGCCAAUCAGCAUCUCCUCAUAGAUAUGCAUUGAAUCAAUGUAUCUCUAUGAGGAAAGUUCAGUGUCUCCGUGCAGAGGGUGGAGACACUGGAUGGCAGUCACACAAAAUUUCAAAAUGUGUCAAGUUUUAAAUAGUGAUGUCGCGAACCGUUCGCGAACUUCAACAUGGAUGCUGUCCAGGAGGUGGGAGGGUCUGGGAGGGAGGGUCUGCUGGAGAUUGGCCGGGAUGUGUCAGCUGACUGGAGCUCGCAGCGAACCGCGAUGAGCUGUUCGCGGGAAGUUCGCGAACGGUUCGCGACAUCACUAGUUUUAAAGUUUGUGUCUGAGUGGUAAUUGGUUUCCUCACUUUUAUAACUUGAUUGGGGUUAGACACUGGGAAUCUUCAGUACCAAACUAGGUAUCUAAAUUUAGAACUAAUGAAGCUAAAGUACUACUUUCCUGCAAAUAAUAAAAAUAAGCUUAAUUUUAUCCUUUAAAGGAACACUAUAGUCACCUAAAUUGUAUAGAUCAUUCCCCUGCAAUUUCACUGCUCAAUUCACUGUCAUUUAGGAGUUAAAUCACUUUGUUUCUGUUGAUGCAGCCCUAGCCACACCUCCCCUGGCUAUGAUUGACAGAGCCUGCAUGAAAAAAAACUGGUUUCACUUUCAAACAGAUGUAAUUUACCUUAAAUAAUUGUAUCUCAAUCUCUAAAUUGAACUUGAAUCACAUACAGGAGGCUCUUGCAGGGUCUAGCAAGCUAUUAACAUAGCAGGGGAUAAUAAUUAAACAGAACUUGCAAUAAAGAAAGCCUAAAUAGGGCUCUCUUUAAAGGAAGUGUUUAUGGAAGGCUGUGCAAGUCACAUGCAGGGAGGUGUGACUAGGGUUCAUAAACAAAGGGAUUUAACUCCUAAAUGGCAGAGGAUUGAGCAGUGAGGCUGUAGGGGCAUGUUCUAUACACCAAAACUGCUUAAUUAUGCUAAAGUUGUUCAGGUUACUAUAGUGUCCCUUUAACAUAAUUCCAAGAGUGUCUGGAUGUGUUUAUACAUAGUCUUUUUUUUUUUUUGUUGCUAAUUUCUUUUCAUUGAUGAAUUUUUAUAUAGUACAAAAUUACAAUGUAAGUGGUGCAUAUAGUUUUAUAAAUAUACCUAGUUAGAGUUGUGGUUGUAGCUGUGGAAUAUUGUAUGGAGAGUCAGACAGUGACUCUGCACAGAAUACAAGUGAAGAUGACAAUCCCCAAUGUGGAAAAGAAACAAACAGUAUAUUACAAUGUUUAUAAUCAGGAAUAUAAUUAAGGGAUUAUCAACCACCCUUGCAAAUUGAAAUGUGUCAUCUUUCAUUAACCACCUUAAAGUUAUUUAAUGAAAUGUCCUUUAGUGCAAUGGUUCUAAAGCCAGUAGAUAAUGCAUACCAACAGUCUGAAAUAUAGGCAUUUUUUAAUUCUGUUCCGAAUGAGAUACUGUCAAAACCUGGACUGCAGGUGUGCCUUUGAGGAAUGGGUUGGAAAACAAUGUUCUAUCUAGUGUAUUUGUUUAUGUAUUAUGAUAACUUUCUUCAUACAUAUAUGUUUAUUAUACGUUAAGCUACACUUUGUAAGUACUGUAAUAUAUAUAUAUAUUGUUUUUUUAUCUACAGAAAUCUCCUAACCAAAGGGUUUUACGGCACAGAGGAUCUCUUGAUGGCUGGGGAAAUUCAGCUUUGUCAUUUAAGCCUGUGUAUGAGGAAGUAUCUGGAAUUCAGAGCCCUCCACCCUUUCGUUCAAUGUCACCAGCAUGGAGUGACCGGUCACCUUCUCCUUUUAAAGUAGAGAAUGACCUCAAGUCUGGAAGCCAAAUGAAAGCUUUAAUUGCCCGUAAUAUCAUCAAUGCAGCAAAGCGUAAGAGCACAUCACCAUGGGGUGUGACAAGUCCACAGUCCCCCACUCCGAGUGGUGGAAUUUGGAGUGUUGGCAAUGGAAGCCCUCUUCCUGAAACACCUAGGGCAAGACGUUCACCAACAGGUUCAGACAUAUCCCUGGAGUCAGAAGAUUCUGGAGCAAAGUCUCCAGGAUUCCGGAGCUAUGCUUUUUCACCCAGAGGAUGGUAUGGGAGCAUGAGGCUUAAGAGGGAUAGCCUACCUACAAAUCAAUCUUUUACAUACACACCAUAACUGCACCUUUAAACCCAGCUUUUGAGCUGUAUUUCUUAUAAAUAACUCACAUAUAAUGAGUGACCCACAACUAUUACUGCCAAGUCAGGAUGACCAAUAUUUGGAAUUCAUAAAUAUUGGGAAGCAACCAAAAUUUGACUUGAACAACUAUGACUUCAAUGAGUAAGACUCAACAGAAGCUUAUGAAACCACUGACAAUAAAUUUGAUUAUCACCUUAUUCCAAUGAUAUGUUGACAUUUUAUUUUCUGUCAGUGAACUGAAGCGCCUUUUCUAAAAUGAUUCUUGAAAAAAAUAUUUUACAUUUUCAUGAGCACUCCUUAAUUGCACCUAGCAAAUUAUAUCAAUUUGUAAUCAUGUUUUUAACUGAGACUUGUGUUGCAAACUAUGAUUUAAGGCUUGUUGGAAGAUGGAACGUGAUAAGUAACAAUCUUUAUACCGAUACAGAAGAAAAUAUUAAAGAAAAUGAAGGUAAAAGUGGAAGGUGAUUGCUAAAAGAAACACAGGAUAAAAUAAAACUGAUAAUAGCAGGAUUUUGUUUCUAGAUUACAGCUAGCUUCCUUUGUGCGAAUAAUCUAUCAUAAAUCACAUCUGUGUGCCUCCAGAAAGAUUCUGAACUAAGAUUGUAUCGGUCAGAAUUUCGUUUUUAGAACUGCACUGGUCCAAUUUUUUUUCUUCAUUUUGAUCUGUCCAUCUGAAUACAGUUUACAUCUUCACUACCGGAAUUUAGAUAGUGACAUGGUGAGAGAGGACCCCGUAGUGGAUAUACAUCCACAGCUGCCUUUGCACUGAUACUAAAGCCCUCUCAGUAUUGUUGCAUAGGCUUUGACGCUGCACAUUUAUAAAUGCACUACAUUAAAUGCUUUUGGCUGUCUGGAAAUGUGCAUAGAGCUCUGUGACAUAAAUAUAUAAACAUGUUAUAAAAUGCUGCUCCAAAAUAAAAGGGACAGGUAUAUGCAACACUAUUCAAACUUGUAUCAUGAUUGGAGGAGUGCAUAAUAUAUGGUUGGUCUAACUAUAUGCUCAGUCAAAUGAAUAUAGUUAGGUGGAACCAAGCUGCAAGUUGAGUGCAGAUUAAUUUGAACCUACUCACCCAAUGGCUCAAUUGUUGCCUGCAAUAUGUAUCUCAUGUGGCCUUUUACCAGUGAUGGUACCAUUUACACCAUAUGUGCCCCUUGGCUCUAAUGACUCAUGCACGUCUCGUGUUCCCCUUAGUCAGUGAUACCUGCAUUUAUAAAGCAGUGUAGCAAUUAAAAUGAAAUGUUACAUGCUAAAUGGCUUUGUGUGAUCACCAACAGCCUAAGUAAAAAGAGAGCACAGAGGAGAGAUAUAGUGAUGUGGAGUAAAAGGAACUCAAUUUGAUAGUAUGGAAGAGAUGGGUCAUAGGGAACAGAUGUUAAAAUGCUACAUGGCAUGAUGUAAAGAUGCCUAUACUAAGCAUGGCAAUGGACUGAUGUGAUGUGUUUAAGCAAUAAGGAUAAAAUGAAACUGAUGUGGAAGACUGGCACUAGGUAACGGCAUAGAAGGUGGAACAAUCAGACUAGAGUUGAUGGAGAAGUGACUAUUGAUGUAAAAAUAAUAGUAACUGGGAGAAGAGGACAUGUAAAGGAGUGAGCAAUUACUGAUUGAGACAGGGAGACUGAUGUAAAAAAAUAUGGACAACUAAGAUGGAUUAUUAAAAUUUAGAGGAUGGAGUGAGCUCUAGUAGAGGGGAACUGAAUCAGAUAGAGAGAGAGGGGUGAUGCUGUAGAGCAGGAGAUGAGCAGAUCUAAAAGGAGUUAUGUUUUGAGGAGACAAAAAGCACAUGUAGGUGGAAUGAGAUGAAAGAAGUGGAAAGGGUAGAUGAGAUUGAAAUUAGUAAAUGGGAUGUGGACAUUUUCUGAGAUUUUCAUUGAUCUCUAGAGGGCUCAUAAAUUAUACACAUAACUGGCAUAGAUCAUCCACAAGGUGUUAAUAUUUAGUCACCAGCUAAAAUGGCUCCCUGGAACAAAUCAUUUUAGAAUUAUUCUUCAAUGGGAUUUUUGAUACUGAACUAAGGGUAUGAGAUGUAUUUAAUUUUUUUCAUGGCAAUCUAUUAAUAUAGAUUCUCACAAUGGCAUUUCACCAGAUGUCACUGAAACCACCCCACUAUAAAUUCUUGAGAAUGUUGUGGGUAGCCAGGUAAACUAUGAACCCUAAACAAUUUAUCUAGGGUUGAAAAGCAUUAAUCAACAUUGUAAUCUAACUGCCACAAUAUUAAAAGCAUAUAGAUUUUACAGGGAAGUUUCAGGUUAGGAAUUAGGACUCAUUUCAUCCAACAGCAAAUCAGAAUACAUGAUACAUAUUUUCUAAAUUCAUGCCGCCUGAACGUUUGCACCAACACAGAGCAGGAUUUACUAAAGCAUUUGAUGUUCACUCUAAAAUAUUGUGAGACUAUGUUAUUGUAUACACCUGUCCCUAUUGUUUUGGAAGGCAUAUACAUCAUUCUCAUAUAUAAGCAAUUUAUAAUAAAAAUUAUGUAACGUCGCAAAACAUCUACAAUGAAUAAAACAAAUCUGGAUUGUUAUAAUCUCUCUGGGUUGGUUGUGUUUUCUGUUCUGUUACUAAUUUUCACCCACCACAAGGUUUGUUCGCCUUCAUUAUUGCAAGAAGAGUUUGCUAGGAAUCAUCAUGUUUUGUAGAAUAUAUUCAUAAGUCUUCUAGUAAUUUUGUUGAACCCUUUCCCUCCCAAAGAUUAAUUUUGUAUUGAAAAGUUAUAGAAGACAAAAUUUAGUUUUAACCCCAUUUGCGUUCCCCCUUGCCCAGACAGAUUAUUGAAUUUGUUCUGGUGAGUAGAAUCAUUACCUUCAGGCUUUUUGCUGUAAACACUGUCUUUUCAGAGAAAAUGCAGUGUUUAUAUUACAGCCUAGUGAUAACUUCACUGGCCACUCAUCAGAUGGCUGUUAGAGAUCCUUCCUGGGCCAUGGCUGCCUAAAAUGCAUCCAAACAUUCAGUAUCUCCUCCCUCUGCAUGCAGACACUGAACUUUCCGCAUAGAGAUUCAUUGAUUCAAUUAAUCUCUGUGAGGAGAUGCUGAUUGGUCAGGGCUGUGUUUGAAUCAUGCUGGCUCUGCCCCUGAUCUGCCUCUUUGUCAGUCUCAGCCAAUCCUAUGGGGAAGCACUGUGAUUGGAUCAGACCACCACUUCUGAUGAUGUCAGCAGACUGCUUGUUUUUUUUUUUUGUGAGGCAAACAGCAUGCAGCAUGCAGAGGUACAGCUUCAGGCUUGAAUACAGUAAGAUUUUGCUAUAUUUAUGGAGGCACAAGGGGCACAGGGGGGACUAGAUGGUGGUGUUAACACUAUAGGGUCAGGAAUACAUGUUUGUGUUCCUGACACGAUAGUGAUCCUUUAAUGUGCAGAGAGUCUAAUUUCUCUGCUACUGCUAACUUCUGACAUUCUGCAUCUUUGCAGAGGGGCAGAGAGCAUUGGCCCCCUGUUUUAUUUUGCACUUUAUAUCAACGUUUGUAGGUCAAACUUACAUUUCUUCAAGGAAUGGUACUGAGGAUGUUUAGUGCACCACAUGGUUUAUUUUAUUUCUGCAAAAGCAGCCUGUAAUGUACUGAUGUAUAUUACAUAUGUUACUGCACUUACUGUGAACAUGCUUUAUGUAUUCAUCAUGCACAAUAACAGACCACAUCUAAUUUAAGAAGUACAAAAAAGAAUAAGUAUAUACAGAGCAUUAAACUAUGUAAAGACCGGCAUUUAACAAUUCAAAAACAGCUGAUGGAUAUGAGACACAAGAACCGAAGUAUGCUGACAAAACCUUCAAGUGCACCAUUUAGUAUAAAAAGCCACAAAAAAUACCAAUUUUAUGUAUUCCCAAAAAUAGCAACAGGUUUCUUAUAAAUAUCCUGAAAAUUAUUGUGACGAGCCUGGUUGCCUGCCUGCUGCCUUUUGACUAUGGACCGGCAUUUAAAUAUUUUAUUUUCCUAUGCAGAAAGGUUUAUUCAUGUAUUUCUGCCCCUUUGAAGACAUGAGAAGGUGUGCUCCUCCCCUAUUUCCUGUCUAUUGUUCUCCAGCAGGGCAUUGUCCCAGGGACACGGCCAGACCAGUUGGAACUUGAUACUAGACUUAUGCCUUGGGUGCGUAACAAUUGGUGGCAAGCAGCGGGAUCGUUCCUACAGCCAGAAGGACAGCUACAAGGAGACACCAUUCUGUGGAUUUACAAGUUGGGGGCAACGCAUCUCCCAGUACAGCGACCCUAAAAGCAACAGAAUGGAACCAGCAGUGUUAUACGAGGAGGAAGACCUGGAUGGCCGGGAUGCAUUAAGGAAAGGCAUCUAGUACCAGGCCCUGGAUAAUGUACAAUACCAGCGGGGUGAGAGUCUCCCCAGUGAAGAGCAGCGAUUGCAGAAGCAAGUGGCCCUGCGUAUGCCCUUCCUGGGAGAGCAGCCCCUGGAGGAAUGGGUGAAGACCACCGGGGAUGGCAGGAGCUAUGGCUGGAGGAUGCCUACUAGGUGCUCUGGUGGUAUAUGGCACAGUAUAUACCCUUGACAGCCGAGCAUGACAAGCCAGAGGGAGAGGAGUUUGAUGGUCCUGGCUUGUUAUGGGAGUCCUUUGCAGAGCCUGACUUCGGGAGCCCUGCACAGUCCAGACUUCAGGACAUUUUCUACGAGAGGGAGGCUAGGCAUGAUUGGGAUGACCCCCAUGAUGUAGGACAAGACCUGACUCACCUAGCAACCCUGGAGUGCGAACUGGAGCAGGACUACUGAGAUCUCUUCCACUCCAUUGGGAAGGCUCAGCAGGACAGCAAGGUGAUAGACCCAGAUCCAGACCCAUUCAGCUGGGAAGAUAUUGUGGAGAUUUACUGGGAAGGACCCCAGGUGGCCGGUGGAGAUGGGACCGAGGUCUCUCCACUGGUCCUGCAGGGAAUUGGGAGCCUAGUCUACAUUCCCCAGUAGCAGGCUGAGUUACAGGGGGCAGAGACAGUCGGUCCUGUCCCCCAGCAGCAGAGUGAAUUGCAGGGAAUUGGGAGCCCAGUCUCCAUUUCCCAGCGGCAGGCUAAGUUACAGGGGGCAGAGACAGUUGUUCCUGUCCCCCAGCGGCAGAGUGAAUUGCAGGGAAUUGGGAGCCCAGUCUCCAUUCCCCAGCGGCAGGCUGAGUUACAGGGGGCAGAGACAGUGGUCCUGUCCCCCAGCGGCAGAGUGAAUUGGUCCUGUCCCCAGCGGCAGAGCAAUGUACAGGGAAUUGGGAGCCCAGUCGCCAUUCCCCAGCGGCAGUGUGAUAUGCAGGGAAUUGGGAGCCCAGUCUCCAUUCCCCAGCGGCAGUGUGAUAUGCAGGGAAUUGGGAGCCCAGUCUCCAUUCCCCAGUGGCAGGCUGAGUUACAGGGGGCAGAGACAGUCGGUCCUGUCCCCUAGCAGCAGAGUGUUUUAUUGGGUGAGGAGAGCCUUGUCCUCCCUCCCCAGCGGCAGAGUGUCCAGCAGAGAACAGAGAGCCCAGUCUCCUUUGCCCAGCAGCAGGACACUAUAUUGGGAGCGGAGACAGUCGGUCUCCCUCCCCAGAGGCUUGAAGUAUGUAUGGGAGAGGAGCUUGUUACCCCCUCUCCCCAGCAGCAGCUUAACGUACCAGGGGGAGUGUCAGGGUAUUUAUAUCGGCAGACAUUUUGUGCUAUCAUAGAAACUAAAAGUGUAUAUUCUGAGUCACUCUGAACAGACCAGACUCCAUUUUGUUAUUUUCAAGCUAACAAAAAGACACAAGAUUUCUAUCUGUAAAACUAACCACUUCCCCAGAGCUAAAGGAAUGCAUAGUAUAAACAAGUGAUAAGCAGAAAGGGGAUUGGACAGACUGUCUAAUGCUAAUGGAAUAGAUCAAAUCUAAACCCAGACAUUUGUGACAGAGAAGAUUAAAUAAUUUAAUUUUACUGUCUAUAUAUAUAUAAGGUACCAUUGUAUGGAAAAGGGUAAACUUAGUUCAUGAUCUGCCAUAUCAGAAAUUAUAGCAGAUUUGCCAGACACAUAGUCUGGACAAAACUUAAAGAAACCCUUUGAUCUGUGAAGGAUACGUAAGUUAUGGCCACUAUCUAGAUAGGCCAAAAUGACGUCAAAAUAGCCACCAGGAAAAGUUAACUCUUUCCUGGAUAGGUAUGUUUAGUGGGACAAGACUGCCCUCUAUAGACCAAAUACCUAAAUUGCGAUCUGGAAGAUAACCACACCUCUAGUGCUUCUAUUGGGUUAUCAACUGAUGACGUACAGAGAGUCUGGCCCUUUAAAAGUUAAGACAAAGGGAAGACGGGGAUGCAAAGGAGAAGGAAAAAGAGGAGAGAGGAAUUGGAAGUUUGGGGACUCCAACUCACAACAUCUGAGACACUCUACUCUUAAAACUCUAACACUUAGAAUUUCACUGACUUUCUAACCAACACCACCUUUCACCAUACCGCCAUGCAGAGAGACAUCCAAAUAAGUUCCUGAGACUAUCUACCAAUCGAAUGGAAUAUCUACUCAACUGGUAAUUAUACUGGUUUCAUUUAAUUAAUUAAAUUAAUUAAAAUGUAUUAAUAGCAUUAUAUAUGACUGGAUAAAGCACGGUCAGAUUUCCAUAUUAAGAAAUCUUAGUUAACUAAAGAAUAUAUAGUUAUAAACAUUCCAUUCUGCAGGUGGAAUUAAGAAUAAUUAUAUAUUAAGGUGAUAUUAUCACGUGUUAGCAUACCGUUGUUUUUAUCCAGGUGUAUUGAUUUGCUCUAAAUUAAGAUAAGAUAUCUUUUAGACAAAUUAAAAUUAAACUCUGCUUAAAUAAUGUGGUAGAUUCUCUUAUUGGAUGGUUCCAGGAAAUUACUAAUGAACUGGUUUAAAUGUUAUUUUAUUUAAAAUGACAUAAGAAUAGAUCUUAACUACCUAGGAGAUUUAGCCAGCAUUGAAAGGGUUAUUCUAACUGUCAGCUAAACUUUACGACCUUACGCUGCACUCUGAGGAAUUCUGUUCUCUGCGUAAAACUUUCUCUAUGUCUGUGAAAGAUAGUCAUAAAUAAAGUCUUGACAGAAAAUGCUGUUUUAGCCGUUGAGACGUGUGUAGCCAUUUCUUUGUAUUGCAUAUCAUUUUAUACUGGAU